UCCACAAUCGCCAUUGCUUUUCCAUAGGCACAAGGGCCGUGGCUAGGGGUAUUGUUAUGUUGGGAGGACGGUGAAGUUAUUGUACUUUUUCGGGUACGGUGCAAGUCCCUCAGCGAGGGAGGAGCAGGAGGCUAAGCCUGACGUGCGCUGCCUGCGUGGCUUGAAUAAUAGGAACAUUGUUUGAGGGAGAGGGAUAAUGAAGGCGCUCCUGGCAGGCGGGAGAGGGAGAAACUGGAGAAAGGAGGCAAUCUGGUCGGGCCGGAGACAACAGGAGGGGGGAGGGAAGGACUGUGCAAACGGCUCCGGCAGCACCCCCCCCCGCUCCGUCGCCUCCCCACACCCAGGGCUGGCGUCGGAGAGGAGGAGUCGCCGUCUGCGCCGGGGCGCAGUGUGUGUAUGUGUUGUGAGGGGGGGGGGAGAAGAGAGUCCUGGAGGCGGGGCAAGAGCUGAGCAGCCGGAACGCAGCUGCCGCCUCCUCCUCGUCGUUGUCGUCGCCGCCGCAGCGGCUUGUAAACAGAUCCGGGGCCUCCACGUGACCGCCUCAAGUACCUGUGUGAGGGGACUGUAUUGACUUGCCUCUCGUAUUGUCUCCGGCAGGCAAGCAGCAGCAGCAGCAAGAGGAGCCGCUGCCGCCGCCGCCGCCGCCGCCGGGCUCAUGACAACAAAGCCGAGCGGGAGAGCGCGAGGGGAGCGCGCGCCGCGGCGGCAGCAGCAGCAGCUGCAGUCGCUGACGACUCUCUGGCGCCUUCUUAGCCUAUCCCCCUCGUCGUCCCUUCCCCUCGCAUCCCACCCGGCCCCGCCAGUAGCGCAUCCUUCCCUUCACGUUCCCUCCCUCCCUGCCCGCCGCCGCCGCUAAAAUGGCUGAGGCUGCUGGGCAGUGACUUGAGCGCCCUCCCGCCCUGGUCCCGGUUCGGUGGUCGUGAGGAAGCAAGGGAGCCGAGCGGUGGCGGCGGCGGGCAGCGGCUGCCCUCCCGGCCAGCAUGAGCACCUUCGCCUUGGAGGAGACCCUGGAGGCGGACUGGGUGGCCGUGAGGCCUCACGCCUUCCACGAACGGGAGAAGCACAAGUUCGUCUUCAUCGUGGCCUGGAAUGAGAUCGAGGGCAAGUUCGCCAUCACCUGCCACAACCGGACGGCGCAGAGGCAGCGCAGCGGCUCCAGGGAGAUCCGCCGCGGGGGGAGCCCCGGCCUCGAGCACCAGCGAGCCGCCGCCUGCUCCUCUUCCUCCAAGGUGCCCGGGAGCCCCACCGUCCGCAGGAGCAGCCCGGCCUGGAGCAGCGCCGAGCCGGGCCAAGCCAGGAGCUCGCCGGUUUCUCCCGCCCGGGCCGAGCCGUUGCCUAGGAGCCCCGGCAGCCGAGUGGCGGAGGCGCCGCCGCCGCAGAGGAGCCCGGCCCGGGCGCGGAGCAGCCCUGCCCGGAGGCCUCAGCCUGCUGCGAAGGCGCCGCUCAGCCCCGCGGCCUGCGCGGCCGAGGACAUCGAGGUGCUGGAGCUGGGGAAAGACGAGCCUGCGGGAGGCGCCGCUUUCCUGCUGCCGUCCCCGCUCGCCGGGCCUGCGGUCGCCCCGCAGCCGCCUUCGGCGGCCGUCUCGGAGACCGAGGCGCCGUCGGGCGAGGAGUGCAGCUGGGCCGGCCUCUUCUCUUUCCAGGACCUGCGGGCCGUGCACCAGCAGCUGUGCUCGGUGAGCUCCGAGCUGGAGCCCUGCUUGCCGGUCCUUCCCGAGGAGCCGUCGGGCAUGUGGACGGUCCUCUUCGGAGCUCCGGAGAUGUCGGAGGAGGAGAUGGACGCUUUGUGCUGCCGGCUGCAGGUCUACCUGGGCCACUGCUUGGACACCUGCGGGUGGAAGAUCCUCUCCCAGGUGCUCUUCACCGAAACGGACGACCCGGAGGAGUAUUACGAGAGCCUGAGCGAGCUGCGGCAAAAGGGUUACGAGGAAGUGCUGCAGCGGGCCCGCAAGCGCAUCCAGGAGGUGAGGAAGGUCCCCAGUGCUGAUAAAAUAGAAACCCCUUCAGCCCGAUCCUGAACGUGCUUAGUUCCCCUGAGUCCCAUGCAACUUACUCUCAGUAUAAGCUUUCCUUGGAUUUCUGCCUCCAACUCUGCUGCUGACCUGACUAUAUUUUCAUGUAAAGUCUUUAUUGGGGGAAAUAAGACUUCGGAGAAGGGCAGAAAGAUGCUAAAGGCGGAAUCCAGUGCAUUAUAUAUCUAUCUAUCUAUAUCUAUAUCUAUAGCCAGUCACAUGUGCUUCCAAGUAAACUUCCAGAGGAUCUGGCUUUCUGUAUCUAAGGCCCUUUUUGUAUCUUUCCAAAACUGGUGUAUUCUUAUACAGUACUUACUGGUAUCUUGACUUUUUAAGGAGGAGCCAUAUGUUUUUCUUUUAACUGGCUGGGUCAGUGGGGUGGGUGGGUCCUGGACUUGACCAUGUUUACUCUGGUACUUGGAUAUGUUUGCCAGUUAUUCUGCUAGCUAGACACUAUUCCUAAUACAAGGAAAUGGAUUGUAAUAAAAUCAGUCAGAACUAAAUUGUCCUGUCAGAUUUACAUCUAAGAUCAGCAUCAGUGUGAGUCAAUAUCUUCUAUUCACCUUGUGCAUUUUUUAUUUAUAGUUCGUGGUGGAUACAUCAAACAAUACUUCGUAUUUUUUUUAAUUGGGCAAAAAUUACAUGCAUCAUUUUGCAACAGAUACUGAAUUUUUUAUAUAUUUCCAUUUAGGAUGAAAUCAUAUUAUUAGUGAACUUAAUGAGGAAGAUAAUUAGUGAAUGAUGUUUCCAACAUUGUCAGUUUUGAAGCAGAGGACCAAUAUUUUGCCCACAGUAUUUCGACUCUGAGUUUGAUCUUUGUUAUCCUAUUGUGUGAAUACCUCACGAGUCUGUCUAGUUGUGGUUUUCAUGAAGAUAUAUAUUUACAGUAUUUGGAAUAAGAGGUUGGGUAAGGACCAAAAAUAGUCUCACUCAUUUCCCAAGUAACUAAUUACUCUUGUUUGCCCAACAUGCUUGUCAAGUGAAACUUUGCAGCAUGAUGUGAAGGCCAUGCUUGGCUUGAAUUAAGUGUGAUUCUAGAGCCCAUUGGCUUGGCUUGGCUGCUUCAGAGUUCUGAUGAUUAUAUGCCUUUUAUUGUAUGGUGGCAUUUGUAGGAAAUGCUGGUUGUGGUUAUUUUUAGAAAAGUGUGAUUUGAUUCAUUUAAUUUUUUUUAAAUAAUCUGCAUGGAUUGAAGGCUGCUAACUUUAGUGAAAAUCUGUUGUAUUUGUAAUUUAGUGUUAAUUGGUGUUCAUUUUACAUUUACCUAGUUGACCUGGGAAUGCUGUUGCCAGGGUAAUGAAUAGUUACUAGUUUAUGUUAAAAUUCAAUGCCUUCUGUGUUUCCUCUUUCUUUUUUGGUUUUUAGGGCCAUGUACAACUGUUCAGCUUCUCAAAACAGAGUUGCCACAGGUAUAUUCUUUUGGCAUGAAUAUAUGCAAAACUUCACUUCUGACAUUUUUUUAAAAAAAGGAUGGUGGAAGACACCUGGUUGCCUAAGUGCCUAAAAACUUUGAUACUGAAAGCUAGGAAAGAGUAAUUGUUACCACCCGUAGUAACAAGCAAGCGACUUCAGUAAAAUUUCAGUUCCUCUACUGUAGUUCUGUGGGACAAAUGCAUUAUGGAGACAGAGAAAAUGUGAGGCAGAUACAUGAAUAGGUGAGAUGCUAAGAACCAAAGGCAAAUGUGUGGAACUUUCCAAAAUAAUGUGAAGUAACCUGUAGUGUAAAAAAAGGUAAAGGACCCCUGGACAGUUAAGUCCAGUCACAUGUGACUAUGGGGUUGCGGCGCUCAUCUCGCUUUCAGGCCAAGAGAGCCAAUGUUUGUCCACGGACAGCUUUCCAGGUCAUGUGGUCAGCAUGACUAAACCACUUCUGGUGGAACAGAACACCGUGAUGGGAACCAGAGUGCAUGGAAACGCUGUUUACCUUCCCGCUGCAUCAGUACCUGUUUAUCUACUUGCAUGGGUGUGCUUUCGAACUGAUAGGUUGGCAGGAGCUGGGACAGAGCAGUGCGGGGAUUCAAACCGCCGACCUUCUUAUCGGCGAGCCCAAGAGGCUCAGUGGUUUAGGCCACAGUGCCACCCACCACAACCUGUAGUGUAGAUAUGAUCCAACUGGGUAGGAUAUUGUGUUUAAUUGCAAGGCAGCUCUCUUGGUGACUCAAUUAAUUUAAUCCAGUGAAUAUUAAUCCAUAUCUGGUGUCAGUAUCUCUGUUAGUGUAUGUAUGCGGUGUAAAUUGACCCAUCUUUAAUUAAAAUGUGCUUCAUAUUUAAGAAAGAAGAUCAUUUAGGUAGCUCUCUGUCCUUUGGCUCUCAGGUUUCUACUGUCUGUUACACGCUUGAUAGUGGCUUUCUUUGAAACAAGAAGCUCAUAUCUCAUUUGGCUAAGUUAUUCCAUGAUAAUGGAACAAUAGAUGACAGCCAUUUAAUAUUAAUGUGUAAUUCUGAUGCAGUGCUUUUCCAUACUUCAGGAUGAGACUCUGUUCUCUUCCUGAAAUAUGAACCUAACCAAGCUCACAUAUAUUUUCUUCCACGUUACUUUUGCCACCUGCACUUUGAAAGUAGCUUUCAAAAGACUAGAGAUGCAGAUAGAGAUACUGGAUUCUGGCAUUUGUGUGAUUAAAAAGCUAGGAGAACUUUCAGGAAAAUGUGGUCUUGGUUUCAAAGGGAAACUAUAAAAGUUGACAUUGUUCAUAAAAUGAUAUAUUGUGAACUGCCCUGUGAUCUUUUGAUGAAGGGCAUUGUACAAAUUUAAUAAAUAAUAAUGAAGAUAAUAUUUUAUUAGCAUAAAACAAAUGAAGAACAUUACAGAAAACAAAGAUAUUCAAAAAUGUGUGAUGUUAUUAGACUUAUGCUAAAACUCUUUCUAACCGACAGAUUCUACUGUAUGUAUGACUCAACUUGUUUGAACAAAAUUCUUAUUGUUUUAGAGUGCUAACACUGCCAGUCUUUUGUUCAGUUGGUUAAUAUAUCAUUUAGUUUAACUCUGCAACAUUUAAAACUUGUUCUGAUCAGUACUGUACUAGAUUUAUUUGCUAAAUUCUAAAUCUUUCUAAAUUAAAUCUUUUUAAUGAGGCAGUGCAUUAGAAUCCAGGUUGGAAAGCUCAAAAUUAUAAACAAAUAAAAUAUGAGAACUUCACCGUAAAUGUUCUUCAAGGCAUGAAAAUAAAAGAAUGGCUAUGAUUUGUGCUAAAAGGAAGUGUAGUAAUUUUAAAAAAGGCCAAUCACACAAAGGGAGCGGAAUUCUGGUCUAUCUUCCCACACAGGAGAUUUCUGUUUAAAAAGAAAACAUAAUUUGCUUAAAUUCUUCACUAUGAAGUCAAACCACUGGAAAAUCACAGUGCCCUCUGUGGCUGCAGAGACUGGUAACUCAUAACUGCUGCCUCCCACAUGGUUUUCGCUGUGUUCACAAGCACCGAAGUGACCUCUUUGGGGCACAAGCCUGGGCAGUGUGUAUGGAGAGGUCUUUGGCUGCCCAGAUGACAAGUCCUCCCUCUUGGCCUUGCUGAUGUGGUCCAAAGGAAAGCACAGCAAUACAUUUGCCACCAGCUUUACUGCUGGAGUUGCUGGAAGGAGGCAUACAAGGCGCCAUCCAACUGUAUUCUACUCCAGAUUUGUGUAGGGUUUAUUCCUUAGUCUUUCUUUUUCUCCCAAAAAAUGUCGCACAAGGAUCAGUUACAGAUUUUUCAUUGGGGUUUACUCCCAAAGCCUUUGUCAUGAAUGCGCAAGGCAGCAGAGGUUUAGGAUCAGAGUUUUCCUUCCCCUACCUUCCCAGGUUGACGAGCUCCAUCUUCUCCUGCUUUACAUGCCCAAGGGAUCAAGAUGGACAGCUCAGUAGCCAAGUGAUUUCCUCUACCUGUGAUUUUUACAGUGCAAGCCUAUACAUGUAUACUCAGCAGGAAGUCCCAUUGUUCUCAAUAGGUAUAAAUUUGUAUACAAUUGUAGAUCAAGGUGCUUUUAAAAAAAACCUAGUAAAUGUAACUCCAGGCUUUUCAUCCUUAUCUGUCCUUCUGCAGCUUUAAUCACAAUGUAAUAAGUAAGUGAGGAGCAGUCAUUUUAUUUUAUAUAACAACUGUAAUGCUUUAUCUUUAUUAAAAUACUUUAUUAGAGGAUCAAUAAUUUGAAUGGGCAUUAAUGACUGCAUUUGCACUUUAGAAAAGAUAAAACUUCUGCUCAAUUAAGCUCAGAGUAAUCUAGAAUCCAAAUUGGUAAAGACUGUGGCAUGUGUUGUGUGUGGGCGGUAGCCUUAAAAUGCUUUGCUUACUUCUUAUCUCCAUCUGAAAUGUUUUAAACUGAGCUUAGGUUGUAAUAGUCUACUACUCCAAUGUAUCUGUCAUAAAUUCUCAGUUCUGUGUAAGUUAAAAGAGUAGUUUUUUCAGAAGCAAUGAAGCUUCCAUGUGCAUCAUGUGGGGUGCUACCGUCAUGUGAUUCUCCAUGCCCUCAUAUCAUGUUACUAGUGGCUUUUGGUACAGAUGUGGAGACUCUCAGUGCUAUGAUGUCAUUCCACAUAUUGAGUACUUCCAAAUGUUAUCCAGAGCUCACUAAUGGGGUUGGCAUUUUUGGUGGCAUCUCCAUAGUUGUCAUAACGUAUGCACUAUGGCUUAGAUAUCUUUCAAAAUUAAUGAAGGUUACCUCUUACCAGUUGUUUUGACAUCUAUAUGGAAUCACAGUAUUCAAAAGGAGCAAACUGCUAAUUACCACAUAGAGAAAAAUAAUAGGGGAUGGUUAUUCUUAUUGUACUUUGCAUGUGAGCUUCCCAGACACAUUAGAAGAGCUUCUGUUGGAAGAUGUGUUAGGCUAUGGGUGCCUAGAUCUGAUACAGCAAGCCUGUUCUCACAAAACAUCUGUGUUGGGUUUAGAACGGUAUACUUCUAAGAAGAUGAAGAGAUUUAUUAAUAGCUGAUGUAAUAAUAAUAAUAAUAAUUAAUAAUAAUUUAUUAUUUAUACCCCACCCAUCUGGCUGGGUUUCUAUAGUUCUUGUACUUCGUCUCCUUUUAAUCUAAAUAAUUCUCUUCCUAUAAAGUGUUACUGCUUGAACGCUUUCCUGGGCCAAACCUAUAUUCUCUUUUAAUAGUAUUCCAUAAUUUUUCAUUCCAAUGAUCAUUGAGUUUUUCCAAGAUGUCGUCUGCCGCUGCUGACACAUGAGCCUAGAUUUAGGCUCUGGCUUGUUACAACUGCUCCCAUGACAUGGAGAAUCAUCCUUCAUGUGUGUGCGUGUCAGUGGUUAUGGGCCUAGUGGCAGGUCCGUGCAGAGGAGCAGGGCAGCUGGAUACACUUGCCUUGGGCCUCAGAUGCCUAAGCUGGUCAGGGAACACCGCCAGUGACUGGCUGCUUUUUUGUUUGAGUUUAUAUCUUUAUUCUAACUAGACUCCCGUCCUGGGCCUCAGACAAGUUCUGCACAGGCCUGCCUAGUGGUGGUAGUGAGGGUAGUGACUUUGGCCAGGAAAUAGUAUUGUAGGCUAGGGACUAAUGUUGCUCACCCAUUUUUACUCUAAAAUUUCUUUAGUACAGUAUGUAUGGCCUUCCAUUUCUAACAGCUACGUGUCUUCUUAUAGAUAAGUGACUUUAUUUCUUUAAAGAAAUAAUGAACUGUCAUUCAAACAAAGCAAAAUGCCCCAAUAUUAUGUACAAUUUCAGCCUUGGGCAUCCUGACCCUAUUAGCUGCUUUUUUUCCUUUUAUUGUUGACAAUGUUGGCCAUGUUUUUAAAAAUACUAAGGUUUCUGGCUGCAGCUUUUUCUUAAUUGAGCAUCCAUAACACUAACUCUGAAAGUAAACUCCUCACAGAGGAGUUGCAUUUUUAAAAAUACAAUAAAAGAGUAAUUCUUCGAGCUAGUAAACUUUUUUCGGAUUUUCUUUUGCAAGCAGGGCUGUUGAAAUCUAUUUGUAAGUUUGGAAUUGUAAACUGUAAGUGUUUGGAUAUGUGUUUUCGUGGAAAGAUGUUUAAGAAUGCCACCUAAUAUUUGCUACAAGAUAAAAAUGUGUGCGUAGUCAAUGCCUUUUUAUCCAGGAUGAAAUGUACUCUGAAAAGACGCAUGUGUAUCAGUCACCCUUGCAAGUUUUCUGUGCCUUGGACAGUGGCUGAACAGACAACAGCAUAUUAGGUUCAGUGUCACUCAUGGCACCAGCACCAUCUCUAUGCUUAGAAUCAUAGAAUCGUACCGUUGGAAGGGACCAUGAGGGUCAUCUAAUCCAACCCCAUGCAAUCUUUUGCAACGUGGAGCUUGAAUCCAUGACCCUGAGGUUAAGCAUGCUACUAGGCUCUACCACCUGAGCUAUCUCAGGAACGCCAUUGGUAGGAACAACUUUGCCUGUUGGGCUCAUUGAGCUUGCUAAGAUAUAGGAGGAAUAACUGGAGGAGGAAUAACUGGAACAUCCUGGUCACUGUUGUUGGUCAUGGUGUAGAUCUUGUUUGGGACCUGCAUAGAACAGGGUGUAAAAUUCAUCCUGUAGCUGUGGGGGAGAUUGUGAAGAACAAAGGGAGAGACAGGGAGAAUGAGCAAUAGACCUCAGCCGGAGCUCAUCAUUCCUGAAUCUAGAUACUCAGUGGCUGAACGUGGGUGGGAGCAGAGGGCGUGGUGCCACCUGUAUGUUUAGACAGCACUUAUGCCUCAGGCUCCCCUCUCUCAUGUGGGAAGGAGAGGAAUGCAGUGACUGUGUGUGUGUGUGUGUGUGUGUGUGUGUUUAUCUACAUAUCUCUGGAUCUACCGUGUAUCCAUCCCUUGGGGGUUGCAGUGGAAUCCAGAACAUGCAUGCAGUUGUUCCUUUAAAGCCAAACUGCUGAUGAGUAUUUGGCCAGCAGUGGUGACGGCUGGGGACAGAGUGCCUGGCCUUUGCCAACUGGGAGCUUAACUGUAUGGGAAUAAGUGCCUCUCCUCUGCUUGAAAGACCCUGCUUCCUGCUGUUGAUAAUAGGGAACAGCAUUAGAGCAGUACAUUUCAGACAAGAUUUGAUAUUCAUAUACAGUGUUACCUCAGGUUACAGACGCUUCAGGUUACAGACUCCCAGAAACAGUACCUCAUGUUAAGAACUUUGCUUCAGGAUGAGAACAGAAAUCGUGCGGCAGCUGUAGGAGGCCCCAUUAGCUAAAGUGGUGCUUCAGGUUAAGAACAGUUUCAGGUUAAGAACGGACCUCCAGAAUGAAUUAAGUUCUUAACCCAAGGUACCACUGUAUGGCAAAAGGGGUAGGUAGAAGACAAGGGAGAGGAUUCUGAAGUUAUAUUUCUGCUUAGCCUAGCAGUCCUAGUUGUGGAGUGGGGUGUUGGCUGUUUGUGUCGAGAGAGUCCUGAGGCAGGAGUACUUCUCAAGGUUCUAGGUAGAGAAGUGUUAAUAAUGUCCCAGAAUAUUCUGAGGACAGUUUUGUGCAAAGUUCUCCUUUGCAGCUCUAAAUAUUGUAACACAGGGACAGAGAGUUGUACUCCGUGUCAUAUGUCUUAUUUGAAUUACAGUGGUGCCUCGCAAGAUGAAAUUAAUUCGUUCUGCGAGUUUUUUCGUCUUGCGGCUUUUUUUCGUCUUGCGAAGCACGGUGUCGGAAAAGCUUUGGAAAAGCUUCAAAAAUCACCAAAGUCCUCAAAAACCUCAAAAAAGGCUACCACACCGCGUGCUAUGAGUUGCUCCUCGAAGUCAAGUCGCAACUGUAUUAACGGUUUUAAGAAAAAGGAAACAAACUUGCAAGACUUUUCCAUCUUGCGAAGCAAGCCCAUAGGGAAAAUCGUCUUGCGAAGCAACUCAAAAAACCAAAAACCCUUUCGUUUUGCGAGUUUUCCGUCUUGCGAGGCAUUCGUCUUGCGAGGUACCACUGUAUGGUCUUCCUGUUGGAGGUUUGGUGUGCUGUGAUUUGGUGCUAACAUUAUAUCCCAUGUUUGGUGGUCCUCAAUAUAGUGGGGGUUUUUAAUACCCCCCUCAUUGGAAAUCAAAGAGAGGAAAAUUUCUUGCAUCAUAUCCAGCUGUGCUGUCAGAAGUGGGAUAGCUCUGAUCUGGAGGGUUACGGGGUAUGGUUUAAGUGUGUACAUCCCUUGCUUUAUUUUGUGAUGCAAGUUUGUGACCUCACAGUUUUAGUUACCAUAUACAGUAGUACCUUGGUUUACGAACUUAAUCUUUUCCGGAAGUCUGUUCUUAAACCAAAGCGUUCUUAAACCAAAGUUUGCUUGCCCAUGGCAGCAGGGGACUCAAUUUACAAAUGGAACACACUCAACAGCAAGCAGAACAUGUUUUGCUUCCAAGGCAAAGUUCACAAACCAAAACACCUACUUCCAGGUUUGCAGUGUUCUUAAUCUAAGUUGUUCAUAAACUAAGCUGUUCUUCAACCAAGGUACCACUGUAUGUCUACUUUUUGCUACUGGUGAAAAAUAAUUGAUAUUUACAAAUAGUAAUAUAAUAGAGUAUUUGAGAGCAUAGUAUAAUCUACAUUCUGUCUACCUAGGCAAGGUAGUCAAAUCAAGUAGUGAAUAUUUUAACAGUGGGUAAUAAGUAGGGUUGGAACGUAUAUCCAGGUUAAAAUAGUGUGGCCUCAGAUAUGUCUCUGUUCCUCUGCCUUGAUUUUUGUGAGGGUAGAAAGCCACUCUUAAGUUCCAUGGAGGGAUGGAUGAUAUAAAAAGUAAUGAAUAAUGUCUCAGGAGUGUUGCUGCCAUAUGGGUCAGACAGAUGUCAUAUUAAACAAAAUGUGUGCUGGUCUGACAAAUUUGCCUUGCAUAUUUUAGAGAAGUUCUUUAUGCCUCGUCUUUCGUUUUAAAACUUGGUACUGCAGCAUAUAAUAGCCUAAGGCCAUAACUUGCUGGUGUAACAAUUUACUUUAUUCAGUGGGUACAACUGUGGAGGGUUUGUGUACACAGCACACUUUUGCCUAAUUCCCACUCCCUUGUCCCAAUUCCCCUCUACCUUUACACCACAUUGCAAGCUGUUUAUAAACUCUACUUAAUUUCACAAGUAGUAUGUCAUAAGAUGCUGAGUACUUCUGCUUCGGGGAGGAGCCAAAAGACAAAAGCCCUGCUGUGUGAGCAGAGCUAGCCAGGCAGUUCUGUCAGUCGAAGCUUUAGUUUUAUUGAGAUUUCUUUGAAGAAUAUAAAAGAAAUAUUGUGCAAAUAAUAAAUGCAAGUAUCUUCUUGCAUCUUUUAUCUUGGAAUAUAUAUUCUAAUUCCAUCAGAUGCUUAUCUUGGCAUCAUUUAGCUUAAUGACUGUCCAGAAAAGAUUUCCACUGUAAGCAUUUAUGAAAGUUCUUUAAGUUCUGUAUAUUGAUUACAUAUUGUAAAACCAUUAAAAAGCAGCCAGGGGCAUGGACAUUGUUUCCCCCUUAUACCUACACUUUCCACUUUACUUUUAAAUAAGUAACAUCAAGGCAUAGCCUUAUAGAGUUUUUAUACUUCAAUUGGUAGAUAAAACAGCAUGAGAAGUUGUAUUCCAGUUUUGUCUUGAUAUGAACUAUGCAUUUCUUAGUAUGGGCAGUUAAACUCUCUGAUCAGCUGUUUCCUGUUCAGGGUUUUAGAAUAUGGUUUGCGCUAUUCAUUGUUGUUUGAGUCACUUGAUUAAAAGAUAAGAACAAGGAUAUGGAGGAACAAAAAUAAAGAGCUCUUGUCCUUUGACUGAGCAGGAUUUUGGGCAUACUUUGCAUUCAAGGACCUAACACUUCAGGUUUUGGUACCAUGAGAUGGGGGUAAGCGGUACAGUAUAUACUUGCUUACAUAGUGUUGGAGAAUAUCUGCUGUAGUACAUCUCCUGAUUGAGAGGCCAGGAUGCAGAAUCUACUGAGCUGGGUAGACCUGGCCUCUGAAAAACUGGGGCUGCAUACAUUUAAAGCCUUCUGCCCCCACAAAAAGAAAUCCUGGUAGCUGUAAUAUACCACUAACAGUUCACAGAACUACAGUUCCUGGGAUUCUUGGGAAGUUGGGAAAUGUGCUUUCAAUGUGCUUUCAAUUUUCUUCCUGAUUCUAAUCUAAAAGUAUGAUCCACCUCUUCAUGAGCACAGCUGCAGGUGCACAAAAGGUCAGCAUGGGACUCAGUGGAGCCCAGUUCCCUGCUUCUUCCCCUCCCCCACAUUGCAAUCUGCCAAGCCAUUACUGGGAAUGGGAGGCUUCUGUGCGCCUCCCACAGCUCCUUGCCUGGUACAAAUUACUCAUGUUUAGUGUACUUCAUGUGGCAAAUCUGUCCGCACCCACAAGGUGAUGGGAGUGCGAACAGCACACUGUUAAGAUUUGUGGCAGUCCCUCUGUGCAUGGGCAGCUGUACUUUCUUGGAAGUAGAUCGUGCUAUGUAUUUUUAUAUUUUACUACUUGUUUAACAGUGAGAUAUUUCAAUGUCUUAAAUAUUUACAGACAAACUAUAAAUCUUCAAGCUCUGGACAGUUUAGAAAAACAAAUUGGCUUUCUUAGUUUCUACUUGUUAAAUUUUCUCAUAUCAAACUAGGUUUCCUACUUUAGGAAGAUUUCAUCAUAAAAUUGUAGAGUACAUAGAAAUGAUGCAGAACAGAUAUUAUAUACUUCUACAUAAAAUUAGUUUUCAGAGGUUUCUAAAGCAGGAUGGAUGAUGAUGAUGAUGAUGAUGAUGACAACAGCAGAAAGAACAAAAAACUUAGUGCAGUGUAGAAAUGGUAUAAAUGGUAUAAAAGGUAAAGCGACUCCUGACCAUUAGGUCCAGUCGCAAAUGACUCUGGGGUUGCGGAGCUUAUUUCGCUUUACUGGCGUAGAGCUUCUGGGUCAUGUGGCCAGCAUGACUAAGCUGCUUCUGGCGAACCAGAGCAGUGUACGGAAACGCCGUUUACCUUCCCGCCGGAGUGGUACCUAUUUAUCUACUUGCACUUUGACGUGCUUUCGAACUGCUAGGUUGGUAGGAGCAGGGACCGAGCAACCCAUGUCCCUAAUGGUAUGUCUUUUGCUAAAUGACAAAAAAAAAAAAACCUUAGAUAGAAUUGUAAGUAAUAUAUGGGCAUAACAGUCCAAAGGAAGCCAGUGUAAUUUACACUGGGGUAAAUUAUGCUGGUGUAACUUACCCCUAUUUCAGAAACCAUUUAGGAGUGAAGCUACUGCUGGCUGAGCCAGCCCAAGCCUGGCAGAGGGGAACAAAGCCUUCAAAGUAGAAUAUGACUUACUCUACCCUUUUUGCCAUUGUAACUUCCACUGGGUUGCUAGGUCACAACUGAGUGGAAAGCGUUUGGAAUAGAAGUAAGUCUCCCCUUGUGCCACCAGACCCCUUUUAGGGGGCUUAUGCCAGCUUAUUUUUUGACUUGGACAGGAUGAGGGACUUCAGGCGCUGUAGCCCAGACUGAGCCCAGCCAAAGAUUUCCUUGUUUCAGACUCCUCUCAUUUUGUCAGACCAUGAUUUUGAUUGCCUCCUGUAAUGAGUAUGGGUUGCUCGUGCGUAAGUUGCCGCCUCUCCUGGCUAUGUUGUCUUGUUAAACCUUUCUGUCUGGACAGCCCUUCACUUCGUGGCUGCCUCAGUCGCUAGCAGAAUCCGUCAGUGGGCGUUUCUUAAACCUUUUCCAACAUAAAAGUUGUUUGACGCCAAGUCUCCUCCUACUCUCCCUGCGCGGAAGCCUUCUGCGCAGGGAGGGCGUGGGUAGCGGAGGACCCGUGCUCUCCCCGCUGGUGUCCGGUGAAGAUUCCUGGAGCCCUCUCGCCGAUUCCCACAUCUGCCCCCCUUUAUCCCUGGUGUUGCGCUGAUUUGCUUCCCCAUCUGCUGAGCUGCCUCUCUCCCUGCUGGGCCCUUCUCCAGCAUCAUUUGAGAGCCUUCCCUCCGCCUCUAGCUCCGAUGUCAGUUCCCUGACACCUCCCUAACACUGUGUACUUCCUACAUGCUUGACAUAAAAUUGGAGAUCAAAUAUUUUAGGUUGCAAUCCUAACCACACUUAUCUAGCCUCAUUGAAUUCAGUCUGGCUUACUUUUAAGUUGGAUUGCCCUGUUAACCCUUUUUUAGUUUUAUAACUUUAUGCAAAAGAGAGAGAGUAGGAUUAAGUGAUACUGGUGCUAUUCACCGAGGUUAUCAGAAUACAAAACUUGAAAAUGUUAGUCGUCAUAUCUGGUUGCAUUUUGAUAGCAGGAAAAUAUUUUUAUGCUUUGAUGUAUUAUUAUUUCUCUUUACUUAGCUCCUAGAGAAACACAAGAAUACCGAAAGCAUGGUAGAGCUGCUUGAACUAUAUCAAAUGGAAGAUGAAGCAUAUAGCAUUCUUGCUGAGGCAACUACAGAACUUUAUCAGUACUUACUGCAGCCAUUCCGAGAUAUGAGGGAGCUUGCAAUGCUCAGAAGACAGCAGAUAAAGGUACACAUUAACAUAAAUCUUAUAAUUUAAAUUUAUUUAUUUUGAAAAAUAACAAAGAAGAUAAAAUGAAUAUAAAUCUUAAAAGGUGUUACAUGUGUUUAUACAUAAUCUGUUUUUGUCUUUUAGAAAUUUUGGUCAUUUUCAAAUCACCUUGUGAUGGUUCUGUUUAAAAUUCUUGAAAGUUUGAGUUCCGUAUUUACUUGUAUGUUCUGCCUGUCUUAUCUAUCUGAUCUAUAAUUAGGGCAUGGAUUUGGAGAGUUUGGAAUUUUUAUUUGGAAUUCCAUAUUUUUAUUGCUUUUAUUGAUUGAUCUAAAUUCUGUGCUGCUUUCCUGUUAAAAUAUCCAGAGUGACUUAGAAUAAAAAUGGGCCCAGUUAAAACAAUAAAAACAGUACAGGUAGCAGCAGCCAUAUGCAGCAGAAUAGAGAUCUCGUAAAAGUCACGUGAACAUCUGAAAAUGGCAGAACCACAGGCCAGUGACUAGAAGUCUUGAAAAACAAAAAGCCACUGACCUGCUGUGUAUAAAAAUAGUUGUGUUUGGGUGCCAAAUCAGAAUGGGUCCAGAUAGUUAAUGGUGCUCAUAAAAGCUAAAAUUGAUCCUCUACCACAGAGCUUUCCAAACUUUUCAUGUCGAUGACACACUUUUUAGACAUGCAUCAUUUCAUGACACAUUAAUUCAGUUUUACUAGCAAACCAGAGGUUAAAGUAACCCCUUUCCAGUCCCGGGAGGAGUGCGGGAAGUGUUCACGUGACACACCUACAUACUGCAGCCGACACACUAAUGUGUUCCAACACAGUUUGGAAAGCUCUGCUCUACCACCUGUAGAAUCCCCAAAUAUCCCCCAAAGGGAAAACUUGUGACUGGCUAAUAGUUGUUGAUAUUUAUAGUUGUUACAAUGUUGUUGUUGUUUAGUUGUUUAGUCGUGUCCGACUCUUCGUGACCCCAUGGACCAGAGCACGCCAGGACCAGAGCACGCCAUUUUUGUUACAAUAAUCUCCAUCAAAGGAGGGCUUCUAAUGUUAAUAGAGUUGAUCUGAUGACUGCCUCCUACAAGGUGGCUGGGACCACUCUUCUUAUAAUGAAGCAUUAACCACCUGAGGUGUUACUGAAGUGCUUUGUCCUACUGUUAUUCUGAGUGUACCCGAACCCCUUGACACAAGAAGCUUCAUGCUGUAGGUGACUGUUUAGAGCAAAGACUUAUGCAAGGCAGGGCAAGGGACUGAACAGUGAAGUACCCCCUCCCCCUUUCUCAUUUGAGGUAUGUUUACCCUCAUUGCCUCAGAUAAGAGAACUCUUGAUAUAUGCAAAUGUUUCACUCUGUACCUGUCUGCAUUUGCAUACAGCCACUACAGGCAAUCGCCUCUAAGGACAUAAGAACAGGAUGAGGCCAUUGGCUCAUCUCAUACAGCAUCCUGUUCUCACAGUGGUCAACUAGAUGCCUAUGGAAAGCCCACAAGCAGGGUCUGAGUGUUGAUUCCACUUCAGCAGAGCCUGUUCUUUGUCCUUCAAUAUGCUUGGUUAUUUUAUCUUUCAAAAAGUUUGUCUGCGACAGAUGAAACACACCUCUAGCUCUACCUUUUCAACUAUGGGUUUUGAGUCUUUAGCACAGGGAUAGCCAAUAUAGUGCUAUCCAAAUGUUGGACUCAACUCCCAUCAUUCCUAAUUGCUGGUCACGCUGACUGUGGCUAAUGGGGGUAAUAGUCCAACAAUAGUCUGGAGGGAGGAAGGGAAAGGAGAAAGGAGAAUGUUAGCUGCUUUGAGACGCCUUCGGGUAGUGAUAAAGCGGGAUAUCAAAUCCAAACUCCUCCUCUUCUUCUUCUUUAGUAGCUAGUCACCUACAUCAGAGGUUUUCAACCUUUUUGAGUCUACGGCUCCCUUGACCAGCUACAUUCUUUCUGCGGCACCCCUGUGGGACUCAGGAACCCAGUUAUGUCACCCCUUGCUUGCAGAACUGGCAGCCUCUCACCCUUUUUUGAACACCCUCCCAUGUGGAGUGUUCCCUCAGCCUCCUCUCCUCUCCCCUCUCCUUGGGCAUCCUCUGAGCCACUGCAGCUGCCACCCUGGUCUUUGAGCCUCCCCCCCCCCGCCCCAAAGAGAGGUGCCUCCUCACAUUGCCCCACAGGGGCCUGGGUAGCACCCCCUGGCCAGCCCCAGAGGCAUCAUUUCCCUAGGGAGCUUGUAGCCAGGGCUGCUGCAAUAAACAGUUGUGCAAGCCUUUGGGAGGCAGAGACGCAGGAGGGCAUCAGAAGAGGGAGAGAAGGAAAGAGGGUCAGAGGCUGGUGCUGCCCAUGGCACCCCUGACUAUCAUUCAGGGCACUGGCCUACAUGUUUCAAAGGCUUCCCGCAGAAGCCUCUUUCUUUGAACAAAGGCUGGAAUCAUGUAGGAGACACCAGAGUCCAUUUUAGAAGUUUGAUUUAAAUUUUAAUAGUCAUGCAAGCACAUUUCAUAUAGAAAAUCCUGAAACAAUACUAAUAUCUUUAAAAGACAGUUCUGUGGAUGUACUUUGUGAACCAGCCAAUCAAAUUUUCCAUAGCGCGAAUUCAUAGAAUCAUAGAGUUGGAAGAGACCACAAGGGCCAUCGAGUCCAAUCCCCUGCCAAGCAGGAAACACCAUCAGAGCACUCCUGACAUAUGGUUGUCAAGCCUCUGCUUAAAGACCUCCAAAGAAGGAGACUCCACCACACUCCUUGGCAGCAAAUUCCACUGUUGAACAGCUCUUACUGUCAGGAAGUUAUUACCUACCAGUGUAAUAAAAUCUUUGUUAAAGCAAAGAUAAGUUGAUGUUUCAUUUUGCUCUUGUCCUUUGUACAAGGAAUAGUUAAAAAUUUAGGCACUCUAACAUUUUUAUAGUGUUCUAAGGAUAGGGAACACAGGGUAUAAUUGUGUUUAAUGAGUAAGAUUGCUUUCCUAAUACGCCUUUUUAUAAAUCUCUUCAAACCAAAUCAGUUAGAUCAUUUAAGGGGUAGAGAUUGGGAGAUAUGCCAAAAUAUGCUUUUAAUAUAUGAAUGGCAUGUUAUCCAUAGUAACAUGCUAAUCAUUUUCAUUUGUGAGGAAAAACAGCCCAAGUUAAGCAUGCUCUCCCCACAGAAAAGUGAUAUAUUACAGUUGCAGACCCCUGCAAAAGCUUUUCAUUAGAAGUAGAGUGGGAUUUGUGCGCAACUGCUCAUGUGAUACUUGAUUUGCAGAGUGCCUCUCAGUACAAAUUAUGUCUUGGAAAUUUCUCCUUCCAGACAGUAGCAUUCUGUGGGAGCUUUGAUUGCUUGUGAAUUCUCAGCAAGAAGCUGUAUUGUUCACCUUUCCAAACCUUUAUCUAAAGGAUGGCUCUCAUCCUUUUACCUGAGUCCUUCCAUUGGUAGACAACAGAUGUCCGAAUAAAUGCGUGUGCUGUGACUGAGCUUGUCACUUCAAAAAGUCCCUUUCUCAUGCUUGGAUCCGAUGCAAAUUUAUGAAGAUUUACCCAUGCUGUAAUGCUUACUCAGAUUAGUAGCUAAGAGCAAAUAAUUUAGGAAACAUUUGCUCGUGAGAUUUAUCUCCCUAAGUUAUUUCUAAGCAGUUCCUGAAAGCACAUGAUCAUUCAUCUGUCCUUCCCAGUUAAAUUAUUUCAUCUAUAUCAUAAUUGUUAAACAGUUUAACUUUUUGAAGUUUUCUGUGUAGCUUUUAAGCUUUGAUGGUGGAUAUAAUGUACUGAUCUAUUUUCAGAUAUCCAUAGAGAAUGAUUACCUGGGACCUAGAAGAAUUGAGAGUCUACAAAAAGAAGAUGCAGACUGGCAGCGGAAGGCCCACAUGGCUGUGCUUUCUAUUCAAGACCUCACUGUUAAAUAUUUUGAAAUAACAGCAAAAGCACAGAAAGGUAAUGGAGUUUUACUACUUCAUGUUUUCCAAUAAAGGCCUUUUAAGAACUAGGAAGUCUUAUUUACAUGAUCCAAGGUCUUAUAGCUGCACCUUCUUACUUUGUCUCAAAUCACUGUCAUUGCUUUUUUAUGAAUUGCUAGUAGAGAUGGACAAAUAAGACUUCAUCUGGUUUGUGUCACUUUUCAUGUGUAUUCAUCUGUAGAUUAAACCUGCCCUUCCAUGUGGAUUAUAAAAAUCAGUACAGGUUUAGCACGUUCUUUUCAUUAAGUACUUACAAUUUGAAGUCUAACAUUACAUUAUUAUUAUUAUUAUUAUUAUUAUUAUUAUUAUUAUCCCACAUACUAGCUGUCUGGGAUGGCCAGAAAAAAAUGCAUUAAAAUGGGUCCAGUGUUGCCCAUGCUAGCAAUGGAACAUGAUUUUGUUUAAGGAAAGAAGGAGAGAGAGUGAGAGAGAUGGUAUUGUACCCAGGGAGGCAGCCAUAUUUUUUCCUUGCAUUGUAACGGAGAAUCUCCCAGAACAUUGUAUGGAAAAAGAUGGCGGGCUGCCUCCAUGGAGACAGUCAUGCUGCUUUUGUACAAAGUCCAUUGUACAAUAUGGACAAUGUGGAUUGAUGCAAUGGUUCUUGGCUCUUGAAACUUAAUUAUUUUGGAAAAGUGAGAAUCUUACACAGUUUCCUUCCUUCCUCGAAGUCUUUAAAAACAUUUACAUGAUGGUUCAUAGCAGUAGGGAAAGGGGCUGGCAUAGGCUUUAAUUGAGUCAUUUCCUUCCUCCUCACCUCUUCUUUCUCCCCCUCCCUCCUAGGAUAGUAUUUCUAUGCCUUAUAGUGUAAUGGCCACUUCUCAGAUUGGAAGGCCCUGAUAUUCAUUUACACAUCCUUCUGUCCAAUUCUUUCUUGCUUUCAUAGCCUCCCAAUUACUCAACUCUUUCUCAGUCUUGAGGUAUUGAGAUUUCACACUAAAUUUGGAGAGAUCCCUUAUAUUUUUAAAAAACAUUCUUGGUUUGUGAUUCGAUUUGUAAACUGAGUACUUGUAUGUUCGGACUGAAAAUGAUAUUGAUGUUGAAAGAUCUUGACAUUACUGCUGCUAUAGGCUGCUAACAAAGUGAAAAGGGAUUUUGUAAACUUCUAACAUAUACAUUAGCCUGUUCCUGCUAAUUAAUGUUCCUGUGAAUUAAUUAAUUAAUUGUUCUUGUGAAUUAAUUAAAUUGUAGAAUGAUGCAGUAUAAGAAGCAAUGUAAUAUCUCAUUCACAAGUAAAACCUUUGUGAAAUGUAUCCUUGUUCUCAGGAUCUGUCACUAAACAGCAAAAUAGGUUAUCUGAAAAUACUUAUUCAAAUUUUGCUAGACACGUAAAACAUUGUGACAUUUCAGUCCUCCAUUUUGAUUCAAAAUGGCAUCCAAAUGGUGACAAAGUUUGCUGCCCUCAGGAACCCUCGUGCUGUGUUUGGCGAUGUUAUGUUGAGAUGCGUCUGAAACUAUACCAAAAAAGUUCAACCAAGUUCAUGUUUUGGUCCACCAUCUUGAUUCAGCAUGGCGUCUGGCAUCCAAACAUUGACAAAGAGUGCCACCCUCACCUCGGAAACUCUUGUGCCAAGGUGUCCGAAUGUAUAGAGAACAAAUGGACAGACAGACAAACCAUUUCCCAAAAUACAUAGUAGCUUUUGGAUAUACCAUACCUUUUCUUUAGGGGGCAGUAAAUUAAUUUAUGUCCACACCUGCCCAACCUUAGUCCCUGUAAGAGUUCUCUGUCUGAUCCUGUGUAGGAUUAUGCCCUUGGCUAAGCAAUAAAGAUUUUAUUUUAUUUCUUUACACAAACAUAUGCUUAAGUCCAAGCUUUGUAAUGAAAUAUGAAACAUUUCCAUAUAUGACAAAUCUGUUUUUUAAAAAAUCAUUUUUUACAGCUGUAUAUGAUCGAAUGCGAGCAGACCAGAAAAAGUUUGGUAAGGCAGCUUGGGCAGCAGCAGUGGAACGAAUGGAAAAGCUUCAGUAUGCAGUGUCUAAGGAGACUUUGCAGCUUAUGAGAACAAAAGAAAUCUGUUUGGAACAGAAGAAACAUGCGUUAAAAGAAGAGGUAAUUUUUUAGAGUAAUUAGAUUUUUAAAAUACAAAAAUAAAUUGGUUUGUUACCUCAAACUGCUUUGAAAACAAUAUAAAAUCCGCUACUACGUUGACUUAUUGGAGAGACUGGAUUUUUUUUUUACAUAAAUGUAUUUCUCUUUCAAGAAUGCAGGAGCUAAUUGUGAUUUACUUUCUAUGAAAAUUUGAAUGGCAAGAUAGUAUGAAUAUUUCCCCCCGCUUGGAAGUUAUCCUUGUAUAGAAAAAAAUCACUUCAAAAUAUGGAGUGCCCCAUUUGUGAUUAGAUUAUUGUGACACUCACCACAUUUUCUUUCUUCCUUUUCUUCCCACUGUCUCCAUGUUGUCAAAAUGCAGUUUAUAAGCUCUUGAGUCAGGAGCAAUCUUUUUGAUUAUAGAACUCUGUGAAGUGGCCAUACACAUUGAUGGCAUCAUUUAAAACUGUCGUCUCCAUUUGCAGCCAGUAUAGAAAAAUAUUGAGCAUUUUCUGUUUUUCCCCAGAGCUCCAUUUUAAAAGGAAUAACAUGAACUGAUUUGUACAACUGACUCACUGCAAAAUCUGACUUACAUCUUUCUCACUUAAUUGAUUCUGAUUCUCUUGAGCAUUUUGAGGGACAUUUAUCAAAGAAAGUGCUUAUUCAUGUUGAAAUUUAUUACCAGACAUGCAUUACUGCAAAAACUAGCCCUGCAAGUAAAUUCAUUGGAAGUUUGAAGCACACAAGUUGUUUCAACAUGCUUGUCGUGAAUUAGUGCAUUAGUUAUUUUAAAUAAAUGUGCAUGCUAUUAUAUACAUAGAUUCUCUGGGUGACAAGCUAGAGGCCUUCAGUAUAACCAUGGAUUAAGGCUGCUGUUAAUAGACAGGUCAGAUGAUAGAAACGUAAAAACUGCUGUUUCAGCUCUAUCCCCAGUUCAUUUCCCUGUCUACUUUCCUUCUUACUUUUCCAAUCCUUGUUGCCUUUCCACCAAUGGUUUUAACUGAGGACAGAUUGAUGAGGCAGCAAAUGUAGGUGGGGAAAAGAGAAGAUUUUCUUGCUGUCUUGUUUGAUCAGCAGAGUCAACAAACACCACCUUAGCUUCAGGAUUUGAUUGUGGUACCCUCUGUCAAUUACCAAAGAGGCAGCGCUCUUCAGGUAGCAGAAACCUAAUCUUCCUGUCCAUGAUCAUUGCCAUAGAAUUUGCAAACAUACCCCUUUCUGGAUCAAGGCUGAUUCAUUAGACCAUAGGUGCCAACUCCCUGGGUGCCCGGGCACCCACAAAAUUCCCCAUGAAGGGACCAGGCACCCACAAAUUUUGGUGCCCCUAUGGUCACGGGGCCAAGUUAGCACUUCUGCAUUAGGCUGUCCUUCCUUCCUAAGGCGAAGGACAGAUUUAUUGGCCUUUCAUUUUCACCCUCUCAGGAGGCUGGAUUGUUAAGCCACCAUGGGCAGCACACACUUUUUCUGCAGAUUAAGGAUGGUCUUUCCCACCUGUCUAAACAAGUAGUUAAACCACAUUGUAAAAGAAAGGUGGUAACCCAAAUGUCAACAGUUUCCAUUUUCCCGUGCCUCUUGGCUAUGGCUUACUGUCCAGGAAGGACUUUAAUCGGGGUUGUCAUCAGUUCUUUUUUGGACCGGUGGGUACAUUUUGAAUUUUGAGAGAGUGCUGGGGGCAUCAGUCACAAAAUUGUUGCCCAGGGGAGUGGCAUAACACAACAAGGUUGUCAUGGGGAGCAUGCUGUAACAGAAAAUUAAGAGGGAGUACUGUCAUGGUGAAGCUUUCCCCCUAACUGUAUUUCUAUUCUAGAAAAUGCUUAACCUAUUGAAUUUAGGCCCACCAUACAGCUGUCAAAGGUACAAGAACCCUGUUCCCGCCCCGUAGUGCCAAACCUAAACCAAAGCCUAGGCUGCCAUCCUAUACCCACUUAGCUGCAAAGAGAAUUGUAUCUAAUUAGACUGCACUGUGGAUCCUUAAAGAGUGCCUGGUCUUUAGCUCUUACAUAGCAGGAGACAUGCUUACGCUACUUUGCAAAGUUUUAACAUUUGCCUUCUGGGAGAGGGGGAUUCUUUAACAUACACCCACCCUUAUUGUGUAAUAGUAUUUGCUGAAAAUAAAUUCUAGGGACUUUCAAUUCAAAGCCCAACCCUUCAAUGUUGCUUCACUGCCCAGAGUCUUAACAAAGAUAAUGAUGGUAAAGGUGUUGCAUCAAGUCUGCAAGGUAUUCACAUUUAUUCCUAUCUAGACAACCUGCUGGUCAGGUCCCCUUUGUUGCUUCAAGCGAGGGAGGAACUUGUUACAACACAGUUUGGGGAUGGAAUUGGAUAGUAAACCUCGAGCAACAGCAUUGCUGUGUGUGUGUGUCAAAGUGAUCAGGCCUGAAAAACAGAUAGCUCAGGAUAUUUCUUUGCACAGGGAAUGCAGAGAUAGCAGCCUGUGGUCUUCCUUUGCGAGGGAAUACAAGGACAAACAACCAGACCAAAAAUGAAGGGCCAAAGCUUUAUUAUUUAAAAAUACUUACCCAGUGAGGUUUUCUCUCCCUUGUGAAGAUUGACUCUGGAGGAAAAGGGAAAUAGAAGUUGGAGUGAAGAUACUACCCUACCCAGCACACUAACCCUAAAUUCACACACAGAGGAUGGAGUACACCCACACCCCAAAGACCUGAGCUAGAGAUCCUGUAAGAAAAAAAAAAGGAAAAACAUGAGGCCUGCAGAUACCUGUUGCCUCUUUGGAUUUCUGCAGUUUUAAAUCUCUGAAUUAUAAUCCUUUCUUCAAAUUGUAAUUCAUUUCCCAAUUGGCUUCUUCCAGUUGGCCUUCUCGGUUCUACUUGAUCUUCUCCACCAUUGGUGUUUCUGCCCCAUAUUUCCUCUGAGUUGAUAUUGAGAGAGAACUGUUUUUAUAGUCAUGUGUUGUGGCAUACAAAAGUUCUUUUCCAUAGAAUCCAUAAUUUCAAUUGGCUUGUGAAAACAUCAUUCAUCUCUGCCAAGAUCCAGGUUUGAAUUGUUUCAAUAUUGUUCUCUACGCUUGCAUAGGAACAUCUUCCAUUUGUUUAUAGCAAAGUCCACAUUGCCAGCUCGCUCAUCUGCUAGGCUACAUCUGUUUCUUUGCUUCUUAGCCCUCUUUAAGGGAAAUCAUUCUCAUAAAAACACAUAUGUAACUCCUGGUUUCCAUGAAGUCACUAAGGCUUGUAUUAUUUCUUAUCAAAGUUGUUACAUUCUGUUCUGCAAAGUUCAGAAACAAAUUUUCAGUCCAACUGGGUUGAAAAUGCAACUUUAACUUUCAAAACGAUAUAAUAGAAUACAGAGAUGAGAUGCAUGUUCUUAAAAGCAUUAUAAGUAAUGCUUGAACAUAAAUUUAUCUAACAAACAUGUACUUACAAGGUUGCCAAAUACACAAGUUGUGCUCUAGUGUUUCUGCUUACUAGGGCUGCCAACUGACUAAUACAAUGUUUAAAGAUACAAGAUGUAUUUUAAUUGCGACAAUCUAGCCAACAAAAUGUGCUUGGUCUCCUGAUUUCCAGCAUCAAAGUUGUGCCGUGGGCCAAGUUCCACUCUCAUCACAUCCACUGGCUGCCCUGAUUGUUUUAGAUUCAAUAUUGCCCCUAGGGGCUCUGGAAAAGACCAUCUAGUUUCCCUUCCAGUCAUUUGGCAGCCUCUUUUGCCUUCACCCAUGUUAGCCUAUGGACAAUACAUCAGAUCAACUGAGGAAGGUGUAGGGGAGAAUGAACUAGGCCUCAUUCAACGCACAGGGAGUCCAAUCUCCUGUCCCACAAGACCGAGUAUAUUCUGGGAACUCAGAACAGGAGGAUUUUUUGAGGUCCUGCCCAAUAGUUUUGGGUGAGUAGGAUGUUUAGUUUUGUUUUUGCAUUUUUCAUUUGGAUUCAGUAUUUUUGCCAACUGAGCCUUCCUUCCUGCCUAAAGUGAACUCCUCAUUUCACUGUUUGCAGGAAAAAUUGCUCUCUUCCUUUUACCUAAACUCUCUCAUUAGAGUGGCCAGGGCAUUAACCAGAUGUUUGAAGGGCUCUCACAAUAUAUCUCUAAAUAACUUAGCUAAUUCAGAAAUCUGACUUUCUGUUCAUCUUUCAUUCCAUAACUUUGGGUAAAAAGAUGUCCUUCUCUACGUGGUCUAGAAUCUAGAUGGUUCAGUGCCUGCAUCACUACAGCAUAUGAGGCUUAGUAUCUCCCUUCACCCCUUAAUGUUACUGCUCUUUUUACUAGGGCUGCAGCUACCUCUGCUGCCUAUUCAAAUAAUGCCUCUUCAUUGGAAAUGUGCAAGGUCGUUAUAUGGGCUACUCCAACCACUUUUACCAAGCAUAAAAUGGACAAUGCUUUAGCCGAGGCAAUGUUUGGGGGAAAGGUGCUUUAAAAGGUUAUUCCUGCUUCCUAGUUUUCAUGGGUAGAUGAGUGUUUCCCGUCCUCAAGGGCUGAGCUUUGGCACAUCCCAUGGUGGCACUGGAGAACUCCUAGACAUUAUCCAGAGAAUGGAUCAUUGGAUAUUUGCUAUGAACGCUCCUUCUAAAAUAACUUUGGGAAGACUCCAGGCCCACCUUGGAUCUGCCUCUGUUGGCAGCCUUUACUUGCCUCUUUAAAUCUGGUCCUGGAUAUUUUCUCUGGUUCUUGGACCUCUGGUUUGUGUCAUGCCGUAUAGAGGGAACUGAUGGUUCUCUGACAUCUCUUCCUUCUCUGUGUUACAGUUUGCAAUCUUGCCAUAGUGUCCUAUAUGCUGUCAUUUUUUAAAAAUGUUUUCCAGUGUGCUUUUCUUUUGCUAGAUAAUUCUGCUUUAACUAUUUGUGCUUAAAAUUUGGGUUCCUUCUUUGAAAAUGGCAUACUGAAAUAACGUUGACCAUUGUUGUAGUUCUAUCACUCAUAAAAGUUGUUAGUAACAUAAUUAGGGAUUUUUUUGUCCCUUGCUUGCAUCAUUUAGCAGUCCCUGCUGGAUUUUGGGUCCUAAUUUGACAAUGUGGAUGAAGACUUUUGAUGCAAGGGAAGAAAACAAGACUGAGUUUCUAUUUUACUUGAUACCAAAUACAUUUAAAUUAUUAUUUUUUAAACCCAUGAGCACAGUUAGUUUCUUCCUUUAAGAACUUGUAUAUAAAUACAUAGAAUAUGGGUAGUUAUAGCGUGAAAGGAACAGUGAAGAGUUUUCUUGGAGGCAUACCAGAUCCUGUUUUGCAGUUCAGCUGCCAGGCCUUGUCUUUGUGAUGACAGCUAGAAACGCCAAAUCAUCAAGUAGUCUUUGUAGUUCUCUAAAUGUGUAAAACAGCGUAGGUACCUAGAAUAGAAUAUUAGGGCAUUGCGUUAAGGGCUAAACUGCAUGUUCACAAGCAAACAUUUUCCACUUACUGUAAAAAUAGGGCUUUUUUUGGUAACCCAAAAAAUUCUUCAAUAGAUUUCUCCAAAGCUUACCUUUUCAGAGAGGUUCACAGCAGGUUUGGCUCCUCCUCCUCUUCUUCUUCUUCUUUAAAAACAUAGCUGCUGCCUUGUUUGUUAUCAUGUAGCUAGUCAGGUUUGGUUGUGCGACAAUAUUAGCAAGGGGAAAUGAAAAUAAUUGUGUGGCAGUGUCACUGUUUUACUUGGGAGAUUUUCUUUUUGCCAUAAUUGGUACCAGAGCAGCAGCCUUUGGGGGCUGUGAAGAGCCCGUUCUGUGAUGUCAUUGCUGCCUGAAAUUCAAGUGCCAAGGGAACAUCAUGUGCAUCGGGGCACCUGAAUGUGUGCCAGGGAGACUUCCCUCUAUACAAAUACUGUUGUUCCCAUUUCUGCAGUCUGAAAAAUUGCCAAAAGUGAGGUUGUAUUUCAUGGGGCAGAAGAAAAAAAGUGUCCUGUUUUUCUUCAGCCCUUGUUUUAUUCCAAUAAGCUUUUCGGUGUGAAAAUUAAUUUCUGUGUGGCUGUCUUUAGUUUUAUAAAACAAUAGUUACCCUUAGCAUUUUUGCAGCUCACAUCAAGGGUUCAGUGUGAUUAUGUACAUUUCGGUCAUUCCAAAAGGCUUGCAAUAUAGGUCAAUAUUAUUAUCCUCAUAUUGGAGAUAUAAGUCCCUAUGAAGUGGGGAGAGUUAGAUGAUGCAUAUGAAGUAUUAGUAUACUUUUUCAUUUAAAAUGCCUUUGAAUAGUUUUAUUUUAUUUUAUUGAUGGCUUGAUUUGAAUUUAUAUUCCGCCCUAUAACCAGAGGUCUCAGGGCGGUUCACAGAAUAAAAUCAAAUUAUAAAACCACAAAGACGUAAUUAAAAUAAAAACAACAAACCAAUAACCCCCCCACACACACAUAAAGCUCAAUAACUUCACAAUACUUCUUGAUAGGAGGCUUUGUAAAUGUUUUGUAAAUGAUUUAAUAGGUUAUCUUGUUGUAACUAUUAUAUAUUUCUUGUUCAGAUGCAGAGUUUACAAGGUGGCACAGAAGCCAUAGCCCAUUUGGAUCAACUUGAAUCUGAUUAUUAUGACCUGCAACUUCAGUUGUAUGAAGUACAGUUUGAAAUUUUGAAGUGUGAAGAACUGCUGCUGACAGCACAACUUGAAAGCAUCAAAAGACUUAUUUCAGGUGACAUACAUUCAUUUUACAUGUAUAUUAUUUAUAACAAUAUGCCAUAGGCAGCUGUAGUACAAGUUGGUUAUUGAGAUUAUCCUGUGGCUACAAAUUUCCCACUCCAGUUCUUAUGCAUAUUUACUUAGAAGUGAAUCUAACUGUAUUCAAUAGUGCUCACUUCCAGGUAAGUGUGCAAAGAACUGUGGCCUUAACUGUUUGGCUUUUGAUUUCUUUCUCCUUCUGGGGUAUCAAAGAUUGUCCCAGUUGGAGUCAAAAUGUUGGAUAAGUUGAAUUUAUUAUUGAGGGUGAUGAGAGAUGUAACUUCUGUGUUGAGUGGAGUUUGCCACACUUGGAGUCGGUUCGAGCACCACAAUCCUUAUAUCUGUUUGGGAGAAAAUACCUCUGUAGCCUUGGUCUCAGUCACCUCUAAUGUACCGUAUUUUUCGCUCUAUAAGACGCAACAGACCAUAAGACGCACCUAGUUUUUGGAGAAGGAAAACAAGAAAAAAAAUCUGAAUCCCAGAAGCCAGAACAGCAAGACGGAUCGCUGUGCAGCGAAAGCAGUGAUCCCUCUUGCUGUUCUGGCUUCUGGGAUAGCUGCGCAGCCUGCAUUCGCUCCAUAAGACGCACACACAUUUCCCCUUACUUUUUAGGAGGGAAAAAGUGAGUCUUAUAGAGCAAAAAAUACGGUAAUUUCCAUUAGUUGCUCCUGUUUCCUGCUCUGGUCACACUAUAGUUGGGAUUUUGUGUGGUAUUAGAUCAGGUUGGUGUGUGACUAUAACCCUCAAGCCCUUCUGGCUCUGUGACCCAUUCCAAUAUCAUUAAACAACUUAUUUCUACAUAAUUCUGUUUAUCACAACUGAAGGUUGAUCUAGAUUUUAUUGCAUUGUGUAGUUUGUGUGUGUGCAUGUUUAAAAUUAUUAAAAUUGUUAGUAUUUUCUAACAGAGAAAAGAGAUGAAGUAGUGUAUUAUGAUACCUAUGAAAGUAUGGAAGCCAUGCUCGAAAAAGAAGAUAUGGCAGCAUCUAUACACUUGCAAAGAGAAGAGCUACAGAAAUUGCAACAGAAAGUCCGCCAGCUAGAAGCAAGGCGUGGGCGCAUUUCUGCCAAGAAAGCCUACCUCAGAAAUAAAAAGGUAAAGCACUAAUUCAUUCACUACUCAGCAAAGAGUUCCUUGUCUAUUUGGCACAGGAACAUAGGAGGCUGCCUUAUAUCAGAUCAGACCAUUGGUCGUGUGCGCUUUCUUCUUAGUUGAUCAGUUCAUAUGGGGUGAGGUAGAGGGUUAAUGCAGGUAAAAAGGUAAUAGGUAAAGGAUCCCUGGAUGGUUAAGUCCAGUCAAAGGCAACUAUGGGGUGCGGCACUCAUCUCAAUUCAGGCCAAGGGAGCCGGUGUUUGUUCACAGACAGCUUUCUGGGUCAUUUGGCCAGCAUGACUAAACUGCUUCUGAUGCAACUGAACACCAUGAUGGAAGCCAGAGUGCACAGAAACGUUGUUUGCCUUCCCACUGCAGCUGUACCUAUUUAUCUGCUUGCAAUGGUGUGCUUUUGAACUGCUAGGUUGGCAGAAGCUUGGAGACAGGGCAAUGGGAACUCACCACCAUCAAAUGGAUUCGAACAGCCAACCUUCUGAUCAGCAGAUCCAAGAGGCUCAGUGGUUUAGACCACAGCACCACCCAUGUCCCUGCAUUCUUGUCAGGGACGUUUAAACCUCUUAGCUCACCCAAGCGCUGUAAUGACAGUAAUUUUUGUUUUGUUUUGGUAAUAAUGAAAGGUACAUUGCACAAAGGGAAGAGUCUUGUCAUUUCAGCCUACUGGUGAUGUGUGUGUUACAUAUUUUGGUGUUUUCCUUUGCUUUGUUGCAUAUAUAAAGUUAGCAUAGAGUAUCAAGAACAAACUAGACUAAACUCCUUGUCUCUAAUGUGGAGGAACCUAUUUCUUUUACAUGCAGCAAAGUGUUGUAGGGAAAAAAGGUAAUAAAGAUUUGGGGGCAGCAGAAGUUAAAUGGAUAAAACAUGAAAUUUAGAAUAGGAGGCGGAUGGGAAAGAAAAUACCUGGGAGUAGUAGAAGGGAAGGGAGGCCACUAGCAGCAGGAUGUGGGUGUGAAAAAUGGUAUUUCCAAACGUAGUAUUACUGGGAAGCAUAUUGAUUCACAACAUGCUACUUUCAAACAUUAGGGCUCAAAUUGUGGGGCUGUGGGUGGGAGUGGGGAAAGCCCUUACCAUGGUAAAGCCAUUUCCUGCAGCAUCUCUGGGGUGGCCAUUGCCUGCAGUUUAAAAUAAAUGUUUUAUUUUAAAAUAUGUUGAGAUGUACACAAAAUAAUGUUAGUUGUAACUACUUGCUUUCUUGCCGUAAGCUGCAUUAUAGAAGUGAUAUUAUUGUUCCCUGAAUUGACUGAGUUUUAGCUAAUAUAUUGCUGUUUUGAUCAGCUGUAAGCAAAGUCAUGGACAUAAUUUAACAGCCUUUUCUUCCAAAGAAACUAAUCAUUAGAUUUUAAAGUUAAGGGAGUAAAUUUUAGAUUUUCACACAUGGAUUGCCUUUUUAAUUUUUCACCCACUUUCCUCUGUAAGCUGUGUGCUGUGGAGAGAGGAGGGAUAUUUUGUUCAGCUUUUUUUUAGGGGGUGCACCAUCAAAGUGGUGAUUUGGUGUUACUAUGGGCAUGUAUCUUGUUCCUACAUGCAGCGAUCUCAGGUUCAUGUUCAUAGUGUGGAGACUAGAAAUUCCUUCAUAGGUGGUGUCUGUUUUGCUAUGGUUAGAGAUUUUGUGUGUGUGUGUAUUUGUGUAUCUAUUUGGAUAAUGUAAUUCUUUUCAUAGUACCUAUAUAACAGCUACUUAUGUGUAAUGUUACCUUCCUGACAAUGUCUUGAUAGCAGGUUGAUAUGGGAUCACUGUGGAAACAGUUUCCUGUUAUCCCAGUGCUACCACCUGCUGGCUAAGCACUGGUAGUCUUGGUUUAUUGUAUCAAGCAACUGUUGGUGUUAGGAAAGCUAGUUUUGAAAUAAAUUGGUAAUAGGAGAUAAAUGCUGAAAUUGUACACACUGUUUGGCAGAAUAUUUUAGUACUGAUUAAGGUUUUCCUGUAGGUAAACUAAAUCAGCACAGCAGCCAGUGGAUAUAUGUGUUCUGAAAUAAAUGCUGUAUUUGUCUUUGAAUUCAUAGUUAUGGGUGUUGCAAACUUCUUAAACUAUUAAGCAAACAGGCACAUACACACACACACACUGGAUUGUUUCUAUAAAUUCACUGACACCUUUAAGGCUGUCAAGCUGAGGCUACAGAUUCCACAAACACAGACCUACUUUACAAAAAGAUACAGAAAACUGCACAAGUUUCCAAAGCCACACAAUUGCCCAUUUGCUCCUAGUUGUGACUUUGCUGUGUUGAAAUCUCGUUUGCAACAAACUCCCUGAAAUGCAUAAGCUUGGAUAAGGUUUCACACUCUUUUCCAGGGCAUGAUUAAUUGUUAUUAUGUAUUCCCUUUACAAAAUCCUUUACGAAGCAUAUCUAGUUCCUUUCCUAUCCUGACUGUGGCUUUCUUUUAGUGUAGAUGUUGACUUUUGUGUCCAUCUACACCUUACCAGUGACUGCUUUUCCGGGUUUUUAAAAAACAAACAUACAGAAAAUACUUAAAGCAUAUUUUAAAAACAAACCUCACAUUUGUUGCUGUGUUUAGACUGAAAUUAUUUUGUGCUACAGUGGUGCCUCGCAAGACGAAAUUAAUCCGUUCCGCGAGUCUCUUCGUCUUGCGUUUUUUUCGUCUUGCGAAGCACGGCUAUUAGCGGCUUAGCGGCUAUUAACGGCUUAGCGGCUUUAAGAAAAAGGAAACAAACUUGCAAGAACUCGCAAGACGUUUCGUCUUGCGAAGCAAGCCCAUAGGGAAAUUCGUCUUGCGGAACGACUCAAAAAACGCAAAACCCUUUCGUCUAGCGAGUUUUUCGUCUUGCGAGGCAUUUGUCUUGCGGGGCACCACUGUACUCAUUUUAUACUUUCUUAGCUUGAUUACUGUUGAUCAUUUCAAUUGAACCAGACAGAGGGCCUUCUCGGUAGUGGCGCCCACCCUGUGGAAUGCCCUCCCUUCAGAUGUGAAGGAAAUAAGUAGCUAUCUUAUCUUUAAAAGACAUCUGGAGGCAGCCCUGUUUAGGGAAGUUUUUAAUAUUUAAUGCUGUAUUGUUUUUAACACUCGAUUGGAAGCUGCCCAGAAUGGCUGGGGAAACUCAGCCAGAUGGGUGGGGUAUAAAUAAUAAAUUAUUAUUAUUAUUAUUAUUAUUAUUAUUAUUAUUAAUUGUUAAUUAUAUCUUAUACAGUAUCUUGUGUAUUGAUAGGAGAUCUGCAUUGCAAAACAUCAUGAAAAAUUCUUGCAGCACUUUCAGAGUGAAGAAGAGUCACAGCAUACUGCACAGUUUGUGAGUUUUAUCUUGGUUAAUAUUAAAAUAAGCCUCCAGCUCAAGGUUUUCCCCCAACGUAAGCAAAUUUAAAUCCCCCCGCCUUGCUUUUGAAUGUUACUGUAUACUGAGCAAUAUACAAUAGGACAGUAAUAGGACAUUAACACUGCAAUCCUAUGCACAUCUCCUCAGAAGUAGGUCACUUUGAAUUCAGUGACACUUGGUCCAAGGUAAGUGGAUAAAGAACUGUAUCUUAAAUGACCAAGAACUGACAAGAAUAUUAUUUUAUUGGUUUCAUUUUUCAUGUUACUAACCACAAUUCUGUUUUUUUUAAAUUGCUAUAUUUUUUAUAAAGCUGCGCAAUAACAUUGUACUCUGGAAGCUCACAUAUAAAAUCAUUGUAAUAAGAUACAAUUAAAAUACAGCAUCAGAAAAAUAUCAGUUUGUAGCAUAAUUUAUCACCAUCGUCAUCUUAUGCUCUACAUUAGUUUAUCUGCACUAACUACUAUCUACAGAUUCCUAGGCAGCAUCACUAACAUAAAUUAGAAUCCCAAUUUCUUCUAAAGGCAUGAAGGAGUCUAAAUAUGCAGGUUAUGCCUCUUUCUAAGUCAUGAUGCAGCUGAGGGACGUUCACCUAUAAUUUUGGUAUCUGGUGGUAUCCUAGUUUGCAUCUAUGACUGGUCUGGUCCUGCUCUUGUUCCAAAGCAAUGAAUGCUGUAUUUGAUAAUUACUGCCAUUUUAAAAAUAAAAAUGGCUGCAACCCUACAGCUAGCUAGAAGCUAACUGACAGAUGUUAUGAAGUAUACAGUUUGCCUGUAAACUUGUAGUUUUCACAUGCAACCUUGACAAGCCAUUUCUGAUCUUUUGACAUUGAGACUGGAACAUGUCCCAUACCUGGAAGUUUAUGGAGUCAAAGAAUACCACAGGGUAUCAUUCAAAUAAUUUAUUACAAUAAAAGGGAAUCAGCAUGUUCAUUAAAAAGGGGUUGAUUGGAAUCAAUUAAUACAGACUGGGGCCAAGGGCCAGUUGCUUUAGAAGAGAUGGGGAAAUUGUCAAGAAGAAGGAGGCUGGUAUAUUGUUUUUGGAAGGCUUUGGGAAGGGGUUAGGGCAAGAAUUGGAAGAAAGCAAUUGGAUGACUUUGGGACAUGGUUUGAAAUAAGUUCCAUUUUUGUAAAGGAGCAGAAUUAUUAAGGAAGAAUAAAAGGGCUUGGCAAAGAGCAGAUCACUUCAAGAAAGCAGAAAUGCAGGUGGGGAGAAGGAGAAAGAAAGACAGAGAGAGAGAGAGAGAGAGAGAGAGAGAGAGAGAGAGCAGUAGGAUGUCUGGGGACAUGAAAAAGGGGAGGGGAGGGAUGGAAGGAUGGAGGGGAAGAGGGAGAGGGGAAGAAGGUAGAUGACUGGAGUCCUGUGGAGGGGGUGGGGAAGAACAUGGUCAGCUGAGGUACUUGCCAGGAGAGGUGAGAGAGAUUUAGAACCUGUCCUUAUUUUGCAAAGCUGGACUUUGAUGGGUGGUUGGUGUGGAGAUCUCUUCUGCACUGGAAUGAGAAGAGGCAGAGGGCAGAAGAGAGAAAAGAAAAGGAAAAGGAAAAGGAAAAGGGAAAGGAAAGGAAAGGAAAGGAAAGGAAAGGAAAGGAAAGGAAAGGAAAGGAAAAGAAAAAAGAAAAGAGAAAGCUGUCCACAAGAAGUGGUGUUGUGUGGAAGUAGUGACGUUUCUUCAGGGGGUUCCAAAGAUUUAUGGUUCCUAAGGCAAAAAGCAACUCUUUUUACACUAACAUUGAGCUACUGGUGAUUAAAAUGAAAACAAAGAUUAACAAUCCCAUUUUCCUGUCUCAUGUAUGAUGACUGGAUUAAGAGGUUUUGGUUUAAAACCACUAACAGAAGGAAGAAAAAAGUUAACUUUAACUGGGACUAAGCAGUAGUGGGUGAAAGUUAUUCCAUCCAAAUUCGUCCCUCCCAGCCUGGUGUUUCUAAUCCCCGACUUUCAUCUUUUUGUUUUCAUUCUUAGAAGAGGGAGCAGUUGCAAGCUGAAGAAGAAAGAAAAAGCUCAUGGGUUACUCAGGAACGACAGAUAACACUGGACAGACUUCGAACAUUUAAACAGGUAAAUGGAUGCUUCUACUGAUGCUUCGUAAGUUACACACACACACACACACAUAUACAUGAUUGCCGACCAAUAAUAGCACCUUUGAUGCAAGUACUUGUUCCAAAGAGCAUGCAUUAGCUAUGACUUCGUGUUGUUUGUAUAUGUGAUGGCAACCAUAUAUCAUUGCUAUAUAAUGUGUGAAACAAGCCUUCUUAAUUAUUAAACUAUAUUCAUAUUCACAAGAAAAUAGAAAAGAACAUAUCACAAGAAAAUAGAAAAGAAUUAUUAUUAGGAAAAAAUUGUGCUAUACUUCUCUGCAUAUUAAUUAAUUCCCAUGUUUGUUUCUCAGUUUACAAGUUAACCUGGCAAUUUUGAAAGGGUUGAAUCAUAAUUAUAUGUGAGCAGUUGAGGUUAGCAGUAAUAAGUCUCUUGGCCUGCAAUCCUAACCCCACUCACCUGGGAGUAAGUUCCAUUGAAUUCAGUAGGACUUCUGAGUUUACAGGGUUAAAAUGGUGCUUUUAGUCACCAUGCUUUUGAUGCUUGCCUAAUUUUUAACUCAUUUCCCCCCUCCUAAGCGGUAUCCUGGACAGGUAAUACUCAAAUCAACCAGACUUCGACUGGCCCAUGCAAGAAGAAAAAGUACGGCCAGUUCAACUUCAUGUGCUGAUCAUCGUCUGUCGCUACCUGUAACUACACAGACUGAUGUGGUGGGGCAAGAAAAAAGAAUACAACCUUUACAAAUCCAGGAGUCUAGAAAUUUAGGACCACUUGAAGAUACUUCACCUCCCUGUGGCGUUAUCUCUGAAUUUUCUCAAAUUCCUUCUCCUCCUGCUCUUCUCAGUAAUGAACUUCAGCCCAAUAUAGUUAAUGAGGCCCCAGUGCCGCCUCCUCUUCCACCACCGCCGCCGCCACCUCUGCCCACCAAGGAAGAGUCUACUCAGUGCUCUGAGAAGAGCAGUAGCCCUGUGAAACAACCCAGCAUUGAGAAGCCAGCACUACUGACCACCAUAGCACCAUCAGCUCAUUUCUUUGAUAGCAGCCAGUUGGUCAGUGCCAAGAAGAAACUAAAGAAAAUGGGCGAUAUGGAAGGCUUGCAGAGGAGAAGAGGUAACUUCAUUUCUCUUGAAUGUGAUUCAGGGAAAAGAAAAAGCAGUUUUUCUUACCUUGAGUAAUAAAAUUAAAGGAUCCCUACCCCCCAAGAGAGCAUGGCUUUGUGAUUUUUGAACAUGAUCUCCCCAAAUCAUGUUUGAAACUGGGGGGGGGGGGGUGUCUUUUAAUAUCAUUUUGUGAUGUUUCCCAGGGGAGGGGGUGUUGGUGGCAAAAGAAAAAAAAAGUUUUUACACCUGAAGUAGAUCUCUGGAUUCCAGCUGGUGGAAUUAAUGAAAACUCUUGAUAACUCUGUUGAUGGUUUUUAUCCAAAUUUUGAUUUCUGUUUUGUCAACAUUGAACAAUGGGAAAGGUGGCGUUGGUAUAUUUUAAUUAAUAAAUGAUGACAUUUUCAAUGCCUUGAGUACAGGGUGUUAGUCCACAGCUCAGAGUACUUAUUUUGUACAAGUACCGAAAGUUUUUUUGUUCGUUUUUUUAAACUUUUAAGAACAAGGUUCCACACCUCUGCCGGUAGGAAGUGGUGUAUCUUAGCAGAUCUGUGGUUUUUAAAUGAAAAGAAUAAACAUGAUACAGUGGAUCUUAAAAAUUAAAGGCACAGUCCAACCCAUUCCCUAGGUGGACAUGCAUGUGUGGGCAGGUAGACCAGGAGGUGUCCAGGUUUGGCCGUUGCCCCUGUACACAAGGGCAGUUGGGUAUGUAGAGGGAUUGUGUUGGCUCUCUAAGGAAUAGCAGCCUCCCUCAAUACCAGCUGCAUUGUCCUAACAUAGAAAGUUGAGCCAGAUACUUGCCGGACAUUUUGUGAGAACCAAAGACAACAGUGGGGGCUCAUCUCUUGAUGCAGUAGCUUCAUUUCAUUUCAUUGUUUUGAUCUUCUUUCUUACGGACUUGAUUAUUGUGAUCUGAGAAUAAUGUAAUUUCCCCCCCAGAAUUGUCAAAUCAAUGCAUUAGAAAUAUAUAGCAGGUUUUCUUUUUUACCUUCCAUGUAGGAAAUUCUCAUCAACUGGAUGUAGUAUUCAAAUGUGCUUUGAGGGUUGGGGGACCCAAUGGAGUGGAGGUGGAGCCGCAAGGAGGAGGAGAGGAAAAGGAGAUUUCAGACAUCCUUGGCUUUUGUGAAUGUCUUGUUGAAAUUUCAUAGCAUAAAAAAGAAAAGUUGCAAUGCUUACUGAACUCUACUUUUCUGCAGUGAGUUCCCCAAUGGAUGAGGUGUUGGCUUCCUUGAAACGUGGUAGCUUCCACCUGAGGAAAGUUGAGCAGAGAAAUCUCCCGCCUUUCCCUGAUGAAGACGACAGCAAUAACAUCUUGGCACAGAUAAGAAAAGGUGUGAAACUGAAGAAAGUGCAAAAGGACCUUAUGAGAGAAUCAUUCACAAUUCUACCUGAUGAUGACCCUUUGACACGCAGCAUCCAUGAAGCACUACGGCGAAUUAAGGAAGCAUCACCAGAGUCUGAAGAUGAAGAGGAGAACCUGCCUUGCACAGACUGGGAAAAUUAAGGAGUAAUGUUUCCUCUUUUGGUAUAUAUCUGGUUUCCUCAAAUAGUAGCAGCACCUAUAAUAGUAGAUGCUUGUUAGGAAUGUGCCUAAGUUCUCCUACAUUUACACAAGAGAAGUGCAUGUGUGGCUUAAGAUCCGCAGCCAUUGUAUAAGCUCAAAAUAUGCAGAUUAAUGUAUCUGGGUUUAUUUCUGCUUUUAGACUAAAACACAAAAAGGCUUUAUCCAAAAUAUUUAUUAGCAAUAAAUCAUUUUCAAUUUCAGGCAUUUUUUUGUAUAUUAAUAUUUCAGUGCAGAGCACUGCUGUGCAUAAAUAGAUUAAUUUUAUUUAUUUUUAUUUAUUAAAUUUCUGUACCACCCUUCACCUGAGCAACACAGGGCAGUUUACAAUAAAAAUAAAUAAAAUUAAUCAAUCAGUUUACAAUAUAAAAACACAAAAAUACAUAUACCAUAGUAACAAGAAAAAACAAUAUGCCCCACAGUUUAAAAGGCCAAAUAUUGUUUAAGUAGCCAAAGGCCUGGAAAAAGAGGAAUGUUUUAGCCUGGCACCUAAAGAUGAGCUUUUCACAAGCAGGGAGCCAUAGUAGAAAACGCCUGCUCUUGUGUUGCCACCCUCCUAAACUUUCACAGAGGAGACGAGGAUGUUAGUACAUUUAGGAAAUCCCAGAACUAUAUUCAUUAAGGUAGGAUUGAGGCGGGCGGGGGGGAGCAUAUGGGAAAAUAAAGUUGGAACUUCUCACAAGGUAUUUCUCUGAAGGAAACUUUCUUUGUCAGAAUGGGUAUACAGUGGUACCUCUGGAUACGAACGGGAUCCGUUCCGGAGCCCCGUUCACAUCCAGAAGCAAACGUAACUAGCGAUGGCACGUCUGCGCGCGUUGCUUUUCGCCGCUUCUGCGCAUGCGCGUGACUUCCAGGUUGCCGCGGAGCGCAACUCAAACACGCUCAACAUGAAGCAUAUUCAACCCGAGGUAUGACUGUAGUUUCCUUACUUCUGACUGACAGAUGCCUCUGCUGCUUCCAUUUUUACCAAAGUGUGUCUUAGCUAGUACUCCUAGAGUUAUAUGAUGUGGCCUCCUCUCUAGUCAUUGAUUUGGGAGGAGUUUUCCUAAUUCAGAGAUCUGUUGCCCAUUUUUUCUGGGUUGUUGAGCUGGCUGGCUAGGGGUGUUAUAUUCCACUGUUCUAAUUGGAGAGGAGAGAUGCACAUUAUAUUCCUCCCUAACUCUUCUAAAACAUCUAAAUUACAGUUUGAUGAUAUGGAAUUUUGGAAUAUAUUGAUGCUAGUGCUUAUUUGAACAAAACCUCUAGACAUAUUUUUUUUUAAGAAAAGCAAGAUCUUUUCCCAUUUAUAGCAUCUUUCUUAAAUGGUGAUACGUUUUCAGGAUGCUGGAAACUUGGAAAGGCAGUAUUUGCAUGCAAACCUUGACUGUUUGAAUCAACAGCAUGAACAAAGUGGAAAAGAUUGUGAUCAUGGAGAGGGUUAAGACUUAGUGAAAAAUUGUGUGAAAACCUUAAUCUGAUUUCUGGGUUGCAGGUGGAAACAUAUGUUGCAUUAGUGGAAUGUAAGAUUUGUCUCAUCACGGUUGUUACCAAUUUGACAGAGGUGACCCUACUGGAUUAAUGUGUGAAUUGGCAUGCCAAUAACUAAUUGCAAUAUAUUUAAUCAAAAUUAAGGUCACUUCCAAAGUCUGCAAGGCAAGUUUUCCCAUAAAGGGGAAAUCAAUUUAAAGGAUGAAAUUAUUAAUUUACUCUGUAAAUCAAUCUGCAGUGGAAAAAUCUCUAUAAAAAGUAAAGCAUACAUAAAUUAAAGCUACAAAUGUUCCACUCAUCCACAGAUCUUCACGUACAGUAGUUAGACCAGGCAUAGGCAAACUCAGCCCUCCAGAUGUUUUGGGACUACAACUCCCAUCAUCCCUGAGCACUGGUCCUGUUAGCUAGGGAUGAUGGGAGUUGUAGUCCCAAAACAUUUGGAGGGCCGAGUUUGCCUAUGCCUGAGUUAAACGAUGCUGCCUUACAGUGAGUCAGCUCAUGAGUCCCUCUAGCCCAGUACAGGUGACUUAGACUGGCAGCAACUCUUCUCAGGUUCUCAGAAAGGAGAUUCUCUGCCAGCCCUGGUAUAUAACUGGAGAUUACAUUAACUGGAGGUGCUGGGGGAUUGAAAAUGGAACUGUCGAUAAGCAAAGCAGGUACUGCUGUGGUAUCUGUGUUUUCAUAUGCACACCUGCAAAACAGUAUUGACAUUGAGUUUUUACCCUAGCACUCAUGUUGUGGGCAGAGGAGGAAAGGGUCCUCUUGAUUCAGUAUUCCAAGCAGGUGAUGUGGGGAGGGAAAGACUAAUCAUAUUAAUGAGCUGUUGGGAGAGCUAAGACUCUCCUUGUCUUCUAAUAAUUUUGUUUCUGUCGUAUCUUCAGCUAGAGCAGCCUGUCACAGAACGUGGCCUGCAGACUCAGAUGCCAAGGAGGAAUAGGUGCUUGAAAAGCACAUUUUGAUGCGGCCUCUAAAGGAAUAGAAUUUGAUUUAAAAAGCAACUUUACAGUUUGUCCUUCAGCUGUUUUUUGUUUGUUUAAACAGGUGGUGAGGAUUCCACAGAAUAAUGAUUUUCCUUUCACUUCUGAACAUCCAUAGUCAGCAGUUUGAUCACCACCUUCUGUCUGGGAAAGGCGUCAUCUGACAAACAAUUUGAUAUGUGCAGAAGAGCUUAAAAUGCAUUUUUUAAAAUUAUGGUACAAAAUUCUGAUGGGAUCAAAAACUACCUUAUUAGAUGUGUAUUUUGCAGAACACUGAGGAGAACGAACCAUUCAAGAUAUUUCUGGUUCUUCACUCACUUUUUACAGUCGUGUGAAACACUAAAUCAGCACCUAUUGCAGCAGAGCUUCUUCCCAACAUAAUUUACCAGGACAGGUAUGCAAUCUGACCUUUGGUUCACUGAAGACUUCACUGUUUAAUCAACAAAUUGCUACUUUCACAUCAGCUUCUAUCACAGCAACAGGAAUUCUCCUAAAGGUCUUUAUUUCUCACUACAUUUGUCAUGUAGGAAGUGGAUUUCAGAGAUAUAAUGCAUUUUAACUAUUCAUUGUACAAAAUACAAGUUAUUUUGAAAAUGGGAACAAAUGGCUCUACAGAAUAACAGGAAGCCCCCCUAAGAGUGGAAUACAUAUACUUAAGAAUGUAUUGUUUACAGCCUAGUACAUUUAAAAUGGCAUAUAGCAAAACCCUUUAGAAGGCCAUGUAUACUGUGUACAUCUUGUAUUUUUAAAUUAGAAUUUCCCAUGCUCGUAUAAAUAGAAACAUUUUAAUUGCAGGACUGAGUGAUAGAUAAUAAAGUUACAUAAAAUUUUAUUUAUAGAAGCAAUAUUUUGUAAUGAGAAUACUUAAAAUUAUUUUUGUCUAUUAGUUUGACUGUUCUUUGAUUACUCUAAGGAACCUUUAUUUAAAGAAAAUUCAAAACUGAAAUCCAAUUUUACUGUUAAGUUGUGGAAGUUAUAAUUUUUUUCCAGUUUUCAUUAUUCCUGUCAUUGUUAAAAUAUUUGAAUUAUGUAACAGCCUGCUUAUUUGAAAAACACUUCAUUUUUAACCCUGGUUGUAUAAUGGUCUAAAGGAGGCACAGCCUUUGGUACAGUGAAUAUCUAAAGCAACGUAAUCCCAAACAGCAUGACUAAUAGCUGCAGGCAGCUCAUUUUUAAUAACAGAGUACUGUACGGAAUAGUAUUUCUGCACCAGGGCUAAUCUUACCCUUAUUAAAAUGCUCUCUAAUGAAAAUUUCUGCUUGUAGGAGAAUCUUGUGCUUGACAAACUAUGAUCCCUUAUGAUAGGAAAUAUCCAUUUUAAAAUGAUUUACUAUAUUCACUGCCCUGUUGUAAGUAGAUGCAUAUUGGAUGGAAUGCAUUUAGUAAGCCCACUCACCUUUCAUAGGAAGAGGUUAAAUGUCUUGCUCUUUUUCCUUUUAAAAAUACUUGGGAGUACCCUGAAUACUUGACAAUUCAUGUAACACUCCAGCUCAACUCUUUGAAAUAUUUGGGUGUGCAAAAGUGACUACCUAGGUCAGUAAUAAUAAUGAGAAAUAUUUUAUCGGGAUACCUGCCAUUCUGUUUUUUUUUUUUUAAAAAGAAAGCUUAUUGCCUUAUAUAGUCUGAAAUGUUGUCCUUUCCCAAAGGUAAGCUUGAGAAUAGCAUGAGUUCAAUUAUUGUGAGAACGCCUUCUGUUGGGGAGACAAAGAACUGUAUUAGGAACUGAACAUUAAUUUUCUGAAAAACAAGACAACCCAUUUCCUUUCCAAGUUACUGCAUAUUAACCAAAAUCGCAUUAUGCACUGUGUGGUUACAGUCACAGGUAAUGCAAGAUUUGGUGGUGGCAAUAAUUAAAUAGCUUCAAAAUAUAACUGUUGACCUUUAGCAUAAACCAUAAUAUAUGUAGUUGGUGUGCCUUUGCCAUUUAGUCACCUCCAUUUAGUCACACUCCAAAUUUCCACUGUAUAAUAUAUUGUGUUUGAAAUUUUAGUUGUAGCCCAAAACACGAAAAUUAGGAUGAGAUGGAUCAUGUAAAGCUUUACACAAUCAGUUGCAGCAGGAGCUUUGAAUGACAGAUUUUGCUAGACAAUUCACAUAAUCAAGGAGACAUAACUUACUGAAAGUUGAGAGUAACACUCCUUACGCUAACACUCUUUUGCAACUAUAAAUUUUAAAUUCAUAUGGAAAGUUUAUAAAGCUCUCAAGAUGAUUGUGAAAUGUUCAGGCUAUAUAUAUAUGGAAUCUUUGCCUUGAAAGCUCUAGUUUGUUUUUGUUUUUUUAAAAAAACUAUUUCUGACAGUUUAAUUAAUGCAAAAAAAUAAAACUGGCUUUUGGCACUAUAAAAAUGGCUGUUUCAGAGGAACAUAUUUUAUACAUACUUGGCUGCUGUACAGUGGAACCUCGGGUUGCGAACGUGAUCCGUGUGGGAGGCACGUUCGCAACCCGUAGCGCCACGUCUGCACACGCGUGGGUUGUGGUUCUGCGCAUGCGUGAGCGCCGAAACCCAGAAGUAACCCAUUCUGGUACUUUGGGUUCGGCGCAGUGCGCAACCCGAAAACGCAUAACCUGAAGCGUCUGUAACCUGAGGUACCACUGUACUGUGGCUGAUCUCCUAUCCAGAAUUUUCCUUUAGACUGAAUAUAGUUUUUUUCCAUAAUCUGUUAGGAAGAAGAGAUUAAUCUGGGUGCCAGUAGUGCCUGGAUAGCAUUUUACACAAAUUUGUCAAGUUAGGACCUUGUCCAUCUUAUCUAUGUGCAAUUCCUUAUAAUUAUAUUCCCACAUGUUUUGCUUUUGCUUUUAAUUAAUAGUGAUUCCUAAUUUUAUUUCUUGAAGCCAUUGCAUACCGGCUGAGAACUCACAGUACUCUAGUCUAGUACAUUUAUUGCAGCAGACUUAGCAAAUAUAUGGGCAUUUAAGAAAAGUUAUUGAUGAAUGCUGCUUGAACUGGCAUUCACACCUAAAUCUAUGCAGCUGACAAGUAUGCAUGAAAAAAUGCAUUCCAGUAUUUUGUAUGCUGUAGACUGACUGCGGUACAUGGUUGUACUGCAGCCGUUGUUCUCAAUUUAUUGUCCACAAUGCAUUCUGUCAAGAAAUGUUGUGAUCUACCUGGAUGCCCCUGAACUGGUGGUAGACUAGCUCAAGGAACUAUAAAUGCCAGGAGGUGAUGAGUCGUUUGUUUGGCAGCAAGAGGGCCAAGGUGUUUUAUUUCCACUAGAAAAAUAAAUUAUGUUGAACAGACACAUUUAUUAAAGUGGUUUUAUAUUCUGCAGCAUGAUCCCAUAAGUCUUUAAUUUUAGUUGCUUGGUUUAUUUGUAUACUGACUAUAUUCUUUAGUAUAGAUAGUUUUGCUUCUUAUUUCAACCAUUUGCUUGUAAAGCUUUUCAGAGUAGAGCAGCUUAUAUUAUAAAAUUGGUAACCACAAAAACAAAUUAACAGCACUAAAUUAUGUCUUGCUGGUGCAUUCCAAGUUUUUGCUUUUGAGUUGUGUUUCAUGUGGACACUGUCUUCAGAGAAUCAUGUGCAUUUUUGUCACAGUCUAGUGAAAAGGGGGGAACUUUCACUCAAAGUCAAUGUUCUCUUUUUAUUUGCACUGACUUUAAAGAGCGAACUGUAAAACUAUUUGGAUUUAUGAGCAUUCUUUUAUUUUUGCUGUAAUGCUUUUGUAAUUUGGUUACCUGUGUUACUCAUAACGAACCCAGAAGCAUGAAACAAGAUAUAUCUAGUGUUGGUGAACUGUUAACAAGCAAAUAAGCUUAUUGAAAAGAAGGCAUAAGAGAUGCUUGUUGCAAGACAUGUAAGCACCUUAUUGAGAGGAUGUGGAAUUUUAAAAUGCUACUAGAGUAGUUGUGUGCUAUCAAUAUUGACCCUAAUCUAUUAGCAAUCUAUUCAUGGAAGCAGAUGGCAGCACCAACCACCAUGAAAGGGGACAUCCAGAUUCAAUAUGGUGUCCUGCUCUUCUGACUGCUUUGAUCAUGCCUUAGGCAGGCUGAUGCUCUGUGGUGAAGCAGCAGCCACACAGCCUUUUGCUGCACUCUCAUUUCCCUGGAUUGGGGCCAAGUGUUCUUUAGUAGAGAAAAGCACAUUGUUUUGUUACUGUGUGUAAUGGUUUGAAAAACAAAGCACUAGCGGUUUUAUUCUAGAACUCAUUUUAAAGCCUCCAACAAAAAAUAAUGUAUAUUAAUUGCUACAUGAAAUCUUACGUAAUUAAAAUCUAAUUUGGGCCAUGGUGAACGUUCUAUUUUGCAAAGCUGUUUUCUAAUGUUUUGCACAACCUUUUCUGCUAUUUAAGAAAAUUUCCUGGUCAUUCCUAGCUUUGAGCAUAAAAAUCAACAGCAAGCAGAUAAACAUAAGAAGAGCCUGCUGGAUCAGGCCAAUGUCACAUCUUGCCCAUGAGAAGCAUGGAAGCAGGACCUGAGCACAGCAGCAGUCUACCCAUUCCUGGACCUGGAACAUGGUCAAUGUGGCUAGUAGCCUGUUAUACCUGGCCUUUAUUGGUCUAUGUACUCUCGAGACCUGGGCAUCAGAAUUUUAUUUAUUCUGUUUUCUAGUAUGGGUGUUCACACUAUCUGUGAUUAAGAGUCCAAUGCAGAAAAUACUUUCUUUAUGGCUUUAUUCCCAGGAGGAGCUGAAGAGUGGGCUGCAGAUAAGAAUGGUCCCUCCCCACCGUUAAUUGUAGGUAAAACAGAACCUCUGGUCACUCAGCUUGAACAUGUGAGGUCAAAAAGAGGGGGGCAGGGGUGUGCAUGGUGGGUUCACCCCCUCCAAUACCUUGCCAGGUUGAGUGGGGAGCUUCUAAGCCUGUUCAACAUGCCGAUAAGCAUCCUCACGGUUGAGAUUGGGCUCCUGGUUGCAGAGAGAUUUUGGGGCACUUUGAUACUUCCUUCAGGACUUGAUGCUAAACAUGCAAAUGGCUGAAGUGGAAGCAGGACUAGUAUAUGUGUCCCCAGCCUCCUACACAUCUUUUGCCCUCAUAUGUUUGGGCUGAAUAUCUGAAAAGGGUUAACUGAGCCACAAUCACUAGUGGCAUUCAUAAAUAAAUUCUAGCCAAUGGGAGAAAGCCUUUCGUAUGCCCCACCAUAAAAACAAUGUUUCUUUUUUUUAAAAAAAGCUGUCAGUAACAGCAAGGGACCAAGGGCCGGUUUGAAUGUAACACUAAGCCAUAGCUUAAUGUUACAGAAAUGAGCUGCAAACCUUGGGCUUACACUCCUGUAUAUUCACUGUCUAGUUUAAACAAAUCACUGUUUGUUGGUAGGUCUGAAGUAGUGGUUAGUUUUAAAGUAUGGUUUGUUGAAACAAACCAAGAUUAAACUCUUAAGCAGGCUUGUUCACGUGACACUGGCUAAACUGUGGUUUAGUAUUAUAUCUGAGCCAGGCACAAAGUGCCUUCUUUCCAAAUGUACCAGGCAUUAUAUUGAAUUUGGAAAUGGCAGCAGUGGCGUGGGUUGGAAGGGAAGCACCCUUCCCUGUAGGAAAAAAUGAUUGCAAGCCCAGCUAAGACAUCACUAAUCAAUCUCCUGCAAUGAGGGAGCAUGUCAACCUGACUUCACAUUGGGUAUAAUCCUGUAAGUCGUCUCAUUCCCUGAAUAGCCCCAAGCUUGUAUGAUUUGGCAUGCGGUGCUGUGAAAGGUACUUAGCUGGUAUGAGCAUGUAAUAGUUGGAUGAGUUGCACCUAGUAGAGUGGUGGCUAACCUGUGGCCCUCUAGGUGUUGCUGGAUCACAACUCCCAUCAACUCCAGUGAACAUGGACAAUUGUUAGGUAUGACAGGAGUUGUAGUCAAACUGUUUUCUCCACUCCAUUCUCCUAUUCCCCACUCCUCCUUUGGAAAUGUGAGUAUAUUACUUUCAGAGCUGAUUCAGAUAUGCAGACAGUUCUAUGGCAGAUUACAAGUGAGAAUGUUCUCUGCAGAUUGAAAGCUAGGAGAUAGGGAGGCCCCUAGACUAAUGUGUUUGUUCUUUAUAUGUGGGGAGUUUUAAAAAAAUCUUACAGGAAGCAAUCAUCCUCAUGUACUCAGAAAUCAUACAGUCUAGGAAUGACUAUCACAUGCGGUGUCUACAAACUUGAUGUAGAACUUCAACCUCAACAAGGCAGGAUAUUAGAACUAGGACCAGAUCUUGCAUGGUUCUUUUUAAAAGGUGAAAGCAUCCACAAGGUUCCCAUAUAGGAGUUGGACUGCGAUGCAUUUUUGUAACCCUUUCCCUGCUGCUCUAUUUUGCCCCCUGAAACUGUAUGUUUCCUCAGUGAAGUAAAUGACAAUUUCAAAGGGAGAGGAGAUUUAAAUAGGGGAAAUAAUAACUUAAGAAUGAGAUAAAAAGAAAGCAGCAUUAUGGCCCAAAUUAAUUCUCUCCCUCACUGAUUGCUUUUAACCCCCCCCUUUGUUUUUUUUAAAAAACAAACCUCAGGGGAGCCUGUCAUGGAUCUCCCACUACCACAUCUUAACUUUGGGUCUUUAGUCUUACAUUUGUAUGGCUACAGCCCACUUGCUGUUUGUCAUUUUAUGAGUUGCCAAGAGCAGAGCUGUGUUAAUAUAUUUGCUGAAAUGUAGAAGGCUGUUGAUUAUGUUGCAUGGAUAAAGCUUGUUAAACAUUAAUGGAACGCCUCAUUUUUGAACAGCUAAAAAAUUAAAAAGAAAACCAAUUCACCAUUCACUAACUUAGUGCAAAAAGAAUGAAAAUCGGUGUGCUGUGCUGCACUUCUUUAAAACAAUUGUAUUUAAUGGACAUUUGUAAAUGGACAUUGCAUUUCUGAAAUGCUCCAGCAAACUUGCAAUACCUUUAUAAUGCUCAGUGUUCCAAAGUAUUAAGCACGAAGUAUAAACGAAAAGAGCAUUGUUAGCAAUAUUUUGAAAACUAAAAGUUUUAACUGUUUGCCCUUUUGCUUUUUUUCCUUUAAGUGCAGCCUUCCUGCAACUUUAUUGUACUGCUUUGUACUUCAUGUUUUUUACUAUCAUGGCUUCGAAAUUCAAACCUAUACCCAAAGUCCUGAAUGACUUGUCUCGUGUACAUGCAAUGUAACAACAUACUUAAAAAUUUUGGUGCUUAAAAGUUGUUCCUUUUUUUCUUUAAUAAAGGAUAUUUAUUUGAACAC